AUGAGUGGAAUAGAUAUUGGUCGAAUUGAGAGGGCAAGAGAAAAUAGAAGGAAACAGUUACUUAACUGGGAACGUUUUGACAGUGAAUGUAAAAUUAAGCCAAAGAGACGAAGAGGAAAACGCGUCGCCUUCGGUGCCGGAACUGUAUUUUUUGAGGCUGCUGCCAGAGAGGACUUUGAUGAGGGUACGUUUGUUUUCUAUAAUGAAUGUUCUUGAUUAUAUUGAAUCUGCGAACCUUUGUCCCUUUCACAAUUCUUGAUUAUUUCAUAAAAGCUCUUAGCAUGUUCUGGAGACCGUUCCUCCUAUGAACAUCUUUUCUAUAAACGUAACGUUAUCGAGAAAAGACUACAUUUGGACAGAUUAAUGCGUUUGUGAUCUUACUGUUGUAGAAUAAUUGGGGUUGGGCCUUAUUUGUAAUGAGUCGAAGACUUAAGUCUUCGAGUCAUUUAAUUAAAUCUGAUUUGAUUGUCUUGUUUAAAAAUCCCCUUAUUAUAUAUUUUCAAAAGCUGGCCAUUUUCGUAAAAUAUAUUUUUUCAUCUUUUGGUUGUGGCAAAAGACAAAAAUGGAAUUCACGUCGCGUUGAUUAGCAUAAAUGAUAUUAUCUUAUGUGGACAAUUUUGCUGCAUCUUUACUCUAUAUGCGGAGUGUUUUCGGUCGCCUUUUCUAAACACUAUCGAUAUGACAACUAGUUCUGUUUUGAAUCUCCUUGUACCCUUCUACAGGUGUUUGUUUUUGGUUAUCUUUCGUACUGAAAUCUCUUAUAAAAACGACUAAAUAUGUAUCCUAUAUGAAAACAUUCCUAUUUUUCACUAGAUCGUAAUUGUUCCACAGAGGCCUUAAAAUCGCCAAUGCAGAAGAAAAGCCGGGUUCAUUCAAUGGCUUUUUAACAAAAAUAAAUGAGAACAUGAGAAACGUUGUAAAGACUUUUUGACCACGUAAUAAGGAUCCUAAGGAUACUUAGGAGAUCAUAGCUUUAUAAUUAAAAAGCUAGGAUCCCUUCAGUAUCCUGAAUACGAAUUUUCGUCACCCUUUGAGAAAAAAUUGCUGCCUGCAGACUAUGCAGUCUUAACUGAAAGUUUUUUCCUAACUUCAAACAAAUCUAAAAUCCGGGAGGCAAUUUGGCGAGCAUGCAUCUGAUUUCGAAAAAUUCUUUUCAGGCCUGUACAUUUAUAUGACUAUUGAUGUAAUAAAUUAAAAGAUAGGGGCAAUUAGAUAAUUAAGCUGUAGGUCGGGUUUGAGGAGGGGAAGGGAGGGGGAGAGUGAAACACCCCAAGUCCAGUCAGCGCCAGGGAGAGUGUGGGUCCGAUCGAAGGUAAUUACAUGCGGGUUGCUAGCUUGGUGGCUUUGAAUUAUGGCAGCUGUGUGACCUGUAUGAAGUUCUUCUGUGCGCAUAGGACCGGUCGGCGCCUCUGCCGUAGCCAACAAGCGCUGCCCAAUUAGUUUUGGAUAGCUUGAUAGGACCUUGUAAAUUAUUCUGGAGGUCUCUCUGGCGUCUACACGCUGGUCUGUGUCUACCAUGUUUGCGAGUAUCGAGCUGCUGAUGUUCUUUACUUGACCCUUUCCUAACCACGCUGGAAGAUGUUCUUUUAUUCUUUUGGAUAAACGCCUGCUCGGGCGACCAAUCUUUUCUGCCCCGCAGGAGCAGGUGAAGAAGUAAAUACAUAUAAAGGUGGUCUGAGCUGGUAGUUUGUCCUUGCCCUCUCCGUAUAGGAUGGGACUGGUGGAGAACAGUACAAGGGUGUCAGCCGCUGGAAAAGUCUGUGAUACAGCCUGAGUUAGGUGUUUUCUUAAAAGUUCACUUGGUGCAUCCCCUUGAAAUAAGACCCCGAUGAAAAACCUUUUCUUUUCCGCCGUCAGUAUCGGGGCUUUUAUUGUCUUUCGGCCAUGUUCUUAGCAAUAAACCGAUCAGGAUACCCGUUCUAACGAAAUAGACUUUCAAUAAUCUUAAGCUCCUUCCCAACGCUAUCAGCUUAGCAGAUUCUUCUCAGUCUUUCUGUCAAACAGCGGACUAAAUUACAUUUAACGUUUAGAGGUACGCAACUCCCAAAACGAGUGUAUUGUCCGGCAUAUGUUUUAAUGAAAUCAAAGACGUCUGCUUGCAUUCACUUAAAGUUGGCUAUAAGGAAAUGUCUGCCUUUAUGACUGAUAUCUUUACAUGGUUGCUGUAUUUUUGCGGAGAGACCCAUCCGUUCUAUCUGACUUAAUACAAAGGAUAAUGACGCGAGUUACCUGUUUAACAAAAAACAAGAUAAAAGUAAAAACAUUAGUAAAAACCUGACACAAACUCCUACCUCAACUAAGGAAUCCGCAGAGAAAAUCAUAAAGUUUUCGCAAUGACAACCUGGACGUUUUGCUGUCUUAUGCCCGUUAGUUAACAACAGUACUGCACAAACUUUUCUUGUUAAACGAUUUUGCAUUACUGUCCAAGUAUGUCAUUUCAAGAGCACUGAUCAAUUACAAACAAAAUAAAUGUGUCAUAUUCUUUGCGGAAAUUGCGCUGAAACACAAGACGACUUUUGUUGGCGACGUCCAAUUCAUUUUAGAUAUGUUUCACGAAACGCACUUUCUUGUUUUAUUUUACCAAGUAGACUGUCCACUUUUGUUAAAAAGAUAUUUUUUCCGUCGUUUAGGUACGAUAAUCCACUCUGAAAGUUUUUGAAACUUUGUCUACCCACAGAACAUACUACCCAAUUUUGUUAUUGUUAUUAGGCAUAAAUCCUUCAGACAUUGCUACAACGCCACGAUCCCACGUGCAGUUUGCUUUACACCAUUGGCCUAUCUUCGAGAAGUCACUCCGUUUUAGUGCUUUGCGCGUCAGGGAUCUUUCACAUUAUCCGUAUGGUUGGAGGGGGGAAUGGAGUGUAUUUUACUUAAACAGGAAUGGCUUAGGACAUUUUCUGCAAUGCCGCUCCGUUAUGUGGUGCAGCCCAAGAAACUAUUCCUAUGAGACUUCAUUAGUAGUGCAUUGGCGUGCGGAGCGGCGCACAACUGAAGUUAACGAUUAAGGAUUCCCUGUCUAUCACAGAAACAAUCGCCAUUUAUACGUGCAAUAUAUUUUGUUAGCCAUGAACCGUUAUAUGACAUCUAUGAAUAAGCUUUAAAAUAAUGGACCUGCUUUAGCGGAAUUGAAAAUAACGCAGCAUGUCGGCUUCUGAUUUACGCUCGUUGACUCACCUUUGAUGACUGCACUCACAAGAAAGUCCUCAUUUGAAUUCUAUGCAUUUUGUCUGCAAUUUUUCUUGAUUAUCAUGAUACUCGUGAACUGGUUGAAUAAAAACGAAAAAGUUGGCAAUAUUCGAAGCCGACUUAAUAAGACUUAGUAUGUUGUCCUGAAUUUAGAUGACAGAAAUUAGUUCAUGGUGCAACUUUUCCUUUUCCAAUGCUGGCCUUCGUGAAGCCUUCAUAUAGUAAACCAGACCGUCGCAAGUAGUAAAUUGGUCGCAAACCCUAUCUGAUGUAGAUAAUUGAAUAUAUCACACUAUGACAGAUUAGCUUGAAAAUAACUGUCAUGUAAGUACUCGUUUCAUGUGCAUUUGAUCGACUCAAAUGAUUCAGGGACCCCUUAGCAAAAUGUAGCAUUCCAUGGUGUUCAUGUCCUUGUCGGUAAAGCUUGUCAACUUCUGAUUGAUUUUCUUCAUGUGAUCGCCUGCAGACCCUUUAUUUUAAAAUUGGGCCUGCUCGUAUUCCGUCCUGCGGUGAAGGUAGAUUUUUAUAUGCAGUUAUCAAGUGAUCGAAUAUUUCUGAUCUCAGCUGGCAUGCCAUGAUCCAUUAAUACAGUAGUAAGAGAUUUUCUCGAUGAUCAACUUACUGGACCGCAAACUUCUGUAGGGUCAGCCUUCGCGGUCCAGUUACCAAUGUCCGAUGACGGCAAAUGGGCAUAAAUAUUCGGCCCUGUGUUUUUUGUUGUAACAGUUCUCUAUAGUGCUGGAUAUGUGUGAAAAGUUCCAGGGAAAGCGUAUGCUUUGGGAAGAUGGGAUUUACUGACGCAAACAUGGAACCCCUAGCCACUUUACGUUUUCUACAAGAAAGCAUGCCUAUCGACCAUGAUCAGUUUUCAUAAUCUAACACCUUUGAUCUAGGCUUUGAUAACAAACUCUCUCAUCGUCCUUUACGACUUUAGGCAUCCAUCUAAUAUGGGAGUUAUUUAAGAAUCCCUUUCUGCUUCUUCCUAAAACGCAGACCUUCUCUUCUGACCCUUUUUGUUCUGCGUUGUUAAAUAAUGCAUAGCAUUGACAGCCAUAGUCAUGAUUAAGGACGCCAAAUUUGAUAUUUCGGGCCGAUGUUGUGCAUCUUAGAAACUAAUGUAUUUUCAAAAGAUAAGUAAAAGUAAUAAGACAAAAAUGAACAGGUUGAGGUGUGACUGGUUGUGGAGAACAAUUACUACAUAAAUAAGACGUUUCAAGACCCGUAGCUGCGGCCCUUUCUAAUCUGACAGCUAAGGGGGCCAAAUCAAGGCUAUCCUACUGCCGCUUUUGUUUUAUCUUACUGGAUAAAUCCGUUAUAUUACGUUUUUCUCUAUAAAUGUCGUUAUCUUGCUUCGGGAACUUGUACUUCUCCGUUCUCCGUUAGCAUAGAUCAAAAGAACCUAGCACGAAAGACAUAUCUGGUACAUCUUUAGUAUCCAAUCUAAGUACAGAAAGUUAUGUAGCCACAUCAGCUUUUAACCAACUGCACAUAUUACUCGGGUUUGUGAGGAAAACGAGUUUGGCACUCUUCACUUUGCCUUUUUUUCUGGCUUUGCUUCGGCGUAAAGCUACUGUGGUGCGUCUUCAAGGUAGCCUGGGCUGCUUGUUUGGUUAUUCCCCUUAUCAGAGGUUUUUUCAAUUUAUACGGCGGAAUAACCUACUUAGUGAGAGCAAAACCAUAAUUGGGAUUUUCCGAGCAUGCACCACGUGAGAACAGUCUUCAUGGACAAGAAUAAGGUGCUUUAGAAUGCCGUCGUCUAGGCAAUCGGGCAAGCAUUCUGCAACGAACAGUGGCCUCGGUGCAUUAACGGCAACAGCAUUUCGGAUGUAUGCCGCUUGUGAGGUGCUGUCUCAACGACCUCAGGCCUCACUGCCUGCGUGUGCAUAUGAUCCUUUUAGCGCAUUCCUGGCAGCAUGUUUCCACCAUUACAAUCGGCACCAUCACUCUGUGUCGCCUUUCGCGCAUUCUCGCCUCCAUCAUCAGAUCUCACACUCUCUCUCCCCCCUCCCUUCUCUCUCCCUCCCUCUCUUCUUCGCGCCAUUCUUUGGAAUAGGACUUUCGCCAGAAAUUUAUCGAUCCAGCGAUGUAGUGUAUGUCAGUCUGCUCGCAUAAUUUGCUCUCUCUCUCUCUCUCUUCCAGCCUGGCUCACACUUUGUCCUGCAUCGUUCUGCAUACGUGUAAGGACCUGUGCCGCACAUGAGUGCUUUCCUGUGCCACAGGGUGCACAAGGAUGCCGCGAGUGACAGAGAGAGAGAGAGAGAGAGAGAGCACAGGGCGCUGAAUUUGCCAUCUCAAUCUCCGAAUCUGCGACUGUAUUUGUGUUUGCGGUACUAUAUACAUAUGGGCGCUUAGACAACCCGAGAGUAGAAGAAGUACUCCUCUCCCUCUCUCUCUCUCCCUAUUGUGCACGCACGCACACAGACACAAACACACACGCGCGACCCGAGCACUGUGCCGUCUGCUACACCUGCCCACUUAACUUUCGUGCGUGCGUUCCCUUGGUGUACGCGUGGGUCGUGGCGUUAGGGCCGUGCUGCAUGAGUGCAACAAAGCAGAAGGAGAGAGAGAUCCGUGUUUCCUCUGUGGCUGCGUGUCUGCGUGGGCGUGCGUUAAUCACUUCACAAGCACAUGAAAAAGGGGGAAUGAGUGUAUGAAUCAAUCUCACUCUAUAUGGGAGUAAUGGUAUAUGCCCCCAACUGGCGACCUGCAGGGUACAAAAUGACUCUCGAUAGACAAGAGAGAUAGUUAGGCCUUCACAGCCAGAAAGUGUCUGUUAGGUUGAGCUGACCUCUGAAUGUAACGGUUUUUUUCCAACCGUGCCGUCACGCCGUUUUAGGUAGAUGGUCGUAAGAAGAAACGACGAAACUGAGCGACGAGGGACUGGGGCCUCACAACGCUGAGUCCUAACGAGACACUCGGAAGAUCCUCAUGACACCUAGGGAUUAACUGGCAAAAUCAGGCGAAAGGACGACGUGAUCGAGGCAUGAGGACGCGGUUGACAAGAAACUGUCAAGCCCUAUUUUUCGGCCUCGCCGUGGUUGUUACCUAAGUUAUUGCACGUGCAUAAAACGUUACAUAGCCAGAAAAUCAAAUGGGUUUUAGUUUUUUUUAAGUAAGCGAGAGCAUUUAAAUCAGGAGAGAGUUCAGUCGCAUCUCGAGCAUUCAUACGGAAAUCGUGCAAGAAGGCGACAGGUGACAUAAAAGCCUUUGCACACGAAGUCAGUUUUUGUAGUCUAAGUCACACCUGUGAAAGGUAGGAUGGUAAAGAAAGCACUGGAGUUUUUCCAGACUCCUUUGACGUUUUUCUUUACUCUUUCUCGUCAUGCAACAAUUAUUGCUGCCAGUUCCAUGUUCCGCUCUCUCUACUUUAAGCAGGAAACCUAAAACAGAUUGGACGGGGGAAAUAUUACACAUCUCGUAAUGCAUCACGUUGUCGAAGACAGGACAUUUCAGAAGCUGGAACUUUUUUUACAGUAGCAGACGUCGCCUCUGUAGUGCACAUCAAACAACCGUUGCUAGGAGCAAGUGUAGGGGCUUAUAAUGCCAGCUUCCGCAAAGGUAUUUUCAACGAAAAUGGAAAUAGUGCACGGGCGUAAGUAUGCUAGACGUCUUGGCACUGCGCUAAUCUACCUUGUAAUUCAGUAGCAAUCCUCAGCACAGAACCCCCAGAAACUUUUGUGAACGCUGAUCGUGAGAUGAAAUAUAACAGUGAAACUGGGAAGCCGAGCGAUGAAGACGAUGUUUGUCAUUUGGGGACAACCUGAAUGAUUGAAUUCUGGUGAGGUGUUUUAUAUUCGGACUGUCAUAUUGUUGAUGGUCAUGUCAUACCUGAUUUAAAUUAGGGAAAAGCUGGUUUUCCUAGGAGUAUAAUCGGAUUGCUUUAGAAGGUGCAUCGAGUCCCCUGUUCUUUGCUUUGACAAUGAAGAGCCGACCCAGCUCUUUGAAUCGUCAGCAGUUAAAUAAACCUGUUCCGGAGAGCCAAUUUCUUUCUUCUUAUAAUCUUCCCGGAUCUCUCAACUUUGCCAGUCUGAACAGAUUCCGUAUUUCAUGCUUUAAAGUCGCGUGAAUGACCUUCUAGCAAGUUUCUUGCAUGUUUUUCGCCAUAUCUCUACCUAAGUACUUCAAGGUGCGGGUUAGAGACUGCAAAAAUGGGUCCGAUUUCAUAAGAACAUCAUGAGGCAUCCCUGUUUCUUUUAACAUGCUUGUGCUGCACAACAGGGGUGAACUAGAAGGUCUCUCAAGAGACAAGUUUUGGAUCAUCGGCGUGAUAAUUUUGUAUGUAAAGCAGACACGGGCUAUAAAUGUUAGAUAGAUUGUGUGAUUUACCACACUGACACUGCAGGAACUAGCUAAAGUCCGAGACGAGUAUCUCGCGGACAUUCUGCCUCUGUGUGACAUAGCGACGAGCGGUCUGGUUCGUCCCCCAGCCUCCCUCGUGUGCUUCCUGGUAAAUACUCCAAUUUUUGCAGUUUGACUUCUUGAUCCCUCCAGAGAUUAAUGCAUCAGCUUCAACUAAAUUCUUUGCGAUUGGACCCGCUCGGAAAGUUGCUAUGAGUAUGCAGCGGCCGAGGACGUCAAGGGUAACACACACCCAAGUAACGAAGCACUGGAAAGAGAUCCUAGGUAACGUUGAUUUGAAUAGGGUCGUUAGCAAGUCACGAUACUCAUCCGUAAAUAAAGGAAGAAGGAACGUCAAUCGGACGAUAAGUUAUAAUCGACAGAGAUGGGAAUUGGAAAGGCGUAUAAUAAUAGCUAAUAGUACAAGCAGAAUGAGUUAAAACUGUGGGGUAACCUGUCUGGGUGGAGAGGCGAUAUCGACAUACCAACUAAUUAACCGGUGGGAAACGCAGCGCUGUGGGUAACUCCAGGGAAGGGCCGAGGGAAGUGCCGACGUAGAGAGGGGGAGAACGAUACGAGCGUCACGGUACGUUGCGGGAAAAGGGGUCGGCGGAAGUGAGAGGAAGGGACACCGGCCAUUUUCACCAGCACGCGGUUACGCCAUCUCCAUCCUAGGUCUGCGUGCCAAAAAGCGUUUCCUCAUGCAAACAACCCUAUCAAUGUCGUGAGGCGUUACAAAUACCUAAUCCGGCAUCCACCAGCUUCAGUGAGAUAACCGAGUAGUAUUCAUAAACUACCAACAAGGAGGCCAGUGAAAAACACGUGUUUCAUGAUUGAUAACACUGACAGCAUAGAUAGUAGUUAAGUUGCCCAGACAGGAUUUUUGCCGAUAGCCUGCUACUGCUGCUUCUGCGUGGCACAGCUGCGAGGGAUUCGACACCCCUCAGCGUUCCGCGACUCAUACUGGAACUUUCCACCUCAGUUCCUACUUCGAAGGCAUUUCAGGACGGUCCUUAUGAGCUAUUUCCCAUAGAAUUUCUAAAAGUUUCUUUUUUAUGGUUGAGGCACUUUCAUUUUGUUGUAUAGUGCCACUUAGGAACCGUUAGCUGUGGACUCCACACAAGACUUUCUAGUAAAUGAAAAAGGAGACAAACACAGUUCAUUAGCACUAAAUGUUUCCAGCUAUCUCUGGUAAAAUUGGUAAACACGUAAUGAGCGAUGAAAGAAAAUGCGAGUUUCAGGUCGGAAAGGCAAACUCUUCAGCGAAGAAAAGACAACAAAAGAGACAGUUUGACAAGGAAAUAGGUACCCUCUGUAUUACAGGUGGUAUCGCAUUAUUUUCCGUGGGUACCUAUUCCCUUUUCCCAGUCCUAAUCUUAGCCCUAAAGGCUCAGGCUUGCUAGUUUUGCUGCAUUGUUCCGGCAUUUUGAAAGCCCUCGAUUGAGGAAGUCUACUAGCUAGACAUUAUAUUUUUCUAUCAUCAAAGGGUUUAAACACGAGUAAGAAUUCGUGGCUAGCAUGUUGGUAUUCAAUGAAGAAAAGACCUUGACUACAUUAUUGUUUUUCAAUCGUAACUCACUUAUGAAUGCGCUGUUUUGGUCGGAAAUACCAAAUCAUUUACGACUCUUAGCAAAUGACGGAAGAGUUGUAUUGACAGUUGGACAAAUAGCUGGUUUGAUGCAAUAUUAUUGAAUAGUAUCUAGUUUUCAAGAUAUGCAUAUUAAAAUAAACGCAUUAUCAAUGAAAUAGAAUGAUUCCUUUCAUGUUUAGCAUCUAAACGCUUUGAGUCCUCCGAGAACCUUGUGGUCGAAUUAAAAAUUACUUUACGAUGGAUGGCGUGCAGCCGCGCCAUAAGCCUCUCAUAUCUUUAGUUAAUCUCAAAUGUCAACGCUCCACUUUGCAAAACUGCCGGUUAGAGAUUAUUAAAGUCUUUAAGCCUAUAAAGCUGCAUAUUUAUCAAACCAAGUUUAGAGAUAAUAUUGUGAUAACUAAUGUCUCGCAACACGAGCCUGCUAGAUCAAUAUUGUUGACGAGAAAGGGGAACAAAUCUUCUGCUGAUCUGCCCUUGAUAUUUACGCGACUAAAUAAUUUGCCUGAAAAUAUAUUUAUGCAAGAAAUAGUUUUUUAAAGAGAUUUUGAUGAGUAAACAUGUAAAUGGAAUUAUUUUUACUCGAUGAUGUCGUUGCAGUAAGCAGCUCACUUCAGAAUGGCCCGCUUGUAUUGACUAUAUUUUGUCCCAAAUUUCAAAAUCUACCGAUGAAAACGGGGUCAGCGGUACUCAAUAAGUUUCGCAAAUAUUAAUGUAAAAGUGCCAAAUCUACUGACAAGAUUUAAAUCACAGUUGUUCUGUUCUAUCGUAACUUGGAAGUCUGCACGUAGCCCAGGUAACUUACAUCUCCUUUAGACGAUUGAUUUGAAUUCAGUGGCGUCUUCUUAAUCCUAGUUUUAAAAAGCCUCUCAUGAAUGUAAGACUUGACUCGGUUUACGACGCGCAUGUGACGGUGGCUUUACUCGACUUCAGGAACGGUUUUUUAAUGUCGUCGCCGGUUGGUAUAAUUGAGGCGGGCUACUGGGACAUGGGGAGCGUGUAAAGACUGAUAGCUACUCAUCUUGAGUCCAGCUCCUCCUUCUCCAGCAAAAUACACCCGCGAACUUUCAGGACGAUCUAAUUGCCGCGGUCUGUAUGGCUGCCAACUGACGAGAUAAUUUGAUCUUACUAUGGGAUAGGGAGGAUUUUGCAAUGACCCUUUUGUAACGUAGUUGUUAUAGAAAUUUUUCCUACAUGAGAAAUCCGAGAACGCACCCUUAAAAAGAUAUCCACGCGACCCUGACCAAGAGCACGUGUAUGGUACGGGCCCUGCCCACAAGUGAACUCGUGUCCUUCUCUAGAGAUCCUGACCUUGAUGUGAGGACGGACAGUGAAGCGAGUGCUCUAAAAGUCCAACCUGCUACAAAAAGAUCGAUAUGUUGGGGAGAAGUGAUGUGCCUUGCAACUUUUGACGGUCUAUUUACUCUCUCCUACCACGAGUGCUCUUAGGUACUGUAAUUCGCAGAAAAACGAAUGGACGGAGCGGCCGUCCGUAUAUCUUCCGCAUGCUCUCAAAUGUUUGUCUACUUGUGAGCGGCAGUUUGGGAGUGUAUAUUUGAAGAUAUGUACCUCCUCACUGGUAUCAUAAUGUCAAGGUAACGUACAAACUAGUCGAUCUUUAGUGCAUCACUUAAAAAGUAUUGCAUAUGUAGAGCGCCCGUUAUGAAAGCAAACACGGGUGUCCCAACACAAAAGGCAGAGUCAGUUUGUAAUCGUAGGACUAUUUUGACCUCAGCAAGAACUAUUUGCAAUUGAGUGCGCAGUGGGAGUAGCCAGCCGCAGAUGCUGCCUUUAAACGAGAUCACCACACAGGAUAUAAAGGGGUUACAUUGGAAGAUUGAGGAACAUUCGACCGGGCGCACAGGCGAGUUUCAGCAAGCAGGUCAGAAGGAGAGGAUGCAAUCACUGGAUCACGUAAUCGCAUCAUCUUAUUCUGAGUAUUCGGUCACAUGAUGUGGUGUAUUUUACCGACUAGGGGCAGUUUGAGGGAAUUCUGAGGAAGAUCCUAUUAAACUAAAGGGGGAAUACCAAUUGUCCAUAGGUAGAGGGGGCGCUCAACGAUCGUUCUUACGGAACUUACUCGUUCUGUUGUGUCCUAUGGGCUCUCUCCCGAGCCCUACGUGCAGCCGCACAGCGGCGCAUGAUAUAGGCAGAAUGGUAUUACCGACAGUCUCCCUUGUCCUUGCCGGUAAUACAAUCCUGCCUAUAAACCGUCCAGCGUCAACCCUGUGGAAGGGUUAAGAUCCAGGUAUGUCGUAGGAAGCUGUGACCUGGUAUUCUGCCGUCGUCUGUGUUUUCUUAUUUAUACAACAGUAAACAUGAUGCGGGAACACAGCACACCACCGCCAAGCUAAAUGUGUGAUAAUCACACUGAAUGUCAAUUAGUUAAUUUAUUCACGUGGGCGUGUCUGGGGGGACAGAGUCGAGAAGAGGAGAUGCAGUAAGAGAUGAUGAACCUGACUGCACAACACUGGUUACCGCAACUGUUGAGUAGCGCGGAGUACGACUACCGUUCCGGAAAGUAGACCUCAGGCGCCAAGUCAGAUCCACCAAAUGGCCGGUAUCAAGCUAAUUCCUUGUGAGUGGACUUACUGGCACCCUGUUUAUGCACAGUGCAGUCUCCUUUGCAAAUUUGGCCCAGUACAAGUUUCAUGCGAGAAACGAACUUUUUGAAGACCGAUUGGACUUUAAAGGAUGUGGAACAGAGUCAGCACUCGUUUAGACCAUAAUUUCUAGAGUCCACAGGUGUCCGAACUUGAUAGGAUAAAAUUUAGUCGAUCAAGCAUGAAGAAGGAAUUAUAUGUGGACGUAAUGACUUUCAUUUCUCAGCACGCUCUUGUACAAAUUCCCGACUUUGCCAAAUUAUAGACUCCCAAACACAAAAUUAUGUGUUUACUAAGUCCAAGAACUGCUACUAACUACGGAAUUUGAUGGUCGUUUUAAUGAUUUUUACAUGUGCAGAUUACGAUCAACUUCGUGCAACGAUUGAGUCCUGAAAGAAGGUGUAUUUGCGGAAUAGUUGCCCGAACUUCUGAUCACUGGGGUAGUACCCCAGAUGAAUAGAAGACAAGCAGUGGAAUGUUUUUCUGUAUAUUUCUCGAACAACUCUGAAUGGUUUCCUUUUGAAAAUAAUUUUUCUAGUCCGUACAGAAACGCCAUCAACAGAUCUGACAACGUAAUUUUCAAGACUAAGUUCUGUCUGAGCGGUGACCUACCUUUUACUUGCACCUUGACACGGUGUGCUGCAUUGACAUGGAUGAAAAUCAACUAUCGCCCUGGGGCGGCGCCUAACGAAUCUGCUCACCCCAAUUCAGGUUGUCUCGGUCUGGCACUAGGCUACAGCUGACUACUAAUGAUAACUAAAUCCGGCAAUCCUUUCAGUACUUUUACUCCGCGCCCCUAUUCUUCCCAAUAGAAUAACGCUGUCGUUCAAAAAUUCCAGCAGUAAGGUUCAUGAAAAAAAAGUAAAAAGCACAGUUAACUUCAACCCUGAGUAUAUUUUAUGUUUUCAUACCUUUCUUGCAGUCUGGCUGCGUUUUGUCGUCUGGUUUUAAUUUAGCUUACUUAGUAAGUACGCGCUACCCAUUGUUUCCAGUCGAGGCACUGACUCCGACAAGAAGACCCAUCUCGUAAAGUCCCACGUAGAGUGAAUCAACUUUUCUAAAGGUCAAUAAGGUCAUACACUGGCUGACAUUCGACUUUUAGAUAGUUGUCAAGCAUAUUCGACCUGUAAUUUGACGUGACUAGUCAGAUAUCUGUUGCUUUUCCUCCGAUCGUUUGGCAUCUGGCAUAUGGUUAUCACAAUUUUCGAAAAGGUCGCCAUCUUAUCACAAACAGAGUGAUCAUUUAAAACCUACUCAGCUCCAAAUCGGUGCCGUAACCUGUGUGUGUUCGCAUAUCUGUAGUCAGACGUUGGUCGCUGCAGUGUUUUUAGGUGCAAUAAAAUAAUGUGGCGCGCCAUGUUAGAGAACGAAAUUCCAGAUCUCAUACUCAAUGGUUGGUAGGUGCAUUUAAGCUUUUAAGUUCGACAAAAGUUAACGUGAAGCCGGCGCAGUCUUUGGAACAGACUAUUGUAAAGUUUGCCAGAAAGGUGAUAUCAUAUUACCUGUGCAGAGAGUACAGUUAAGCCGCUUACGACUGGCUAAUAAUACGCGGAUGUCGCAGAAUCUGACGGACGCCGACACAGAUACUGAUGUCACCUAUCGCAAGGAAUUUGAGAACUUUUUUCCCUUGAAUUUUGAUCGUUAUUUAAAAGCAGGUUCAGAGGAAACAAAAAUCUUAGCACUGACAUAUCUGGGUGUUUACAUAUAGUAAAGCGCAUAAGAACGCUAGAAGGCAUACAAAUGAGCCAUGCCCUUUACAGGCGAGUGGUACGGCGAUAAAAGAUCCAAAAAGCAUGUAUUUAGGCUUUUAACUUUUGUCUUUGUCGAAUUACGGCAGGCCAUUCUGAAUAUAUAUUUUAAGAACGAAUUUUGGUAAUAUAAUAGAAAUGAUGGUAGAGGGACGCUCAUCGAUAGUCCUUACGAAACUCACUCGUUCCAUUGUGCCUUACAGGCUCUCUCUCGAGCCCAGCCAACAGCCGCACAGCAGUGCAUGAUAUAUAGGCAGAAUGCUAUUACCGACAAGGACAAGGGAGAGUGGAAUGGCUAUUUCUGGCUUAUUAGCCGUCGCCAGCCAGCCAUACCCAACCCCGAAGGGUGAAACACCUGGGGCUCGAACUCGCGACCUGUUUAGGAAUGGCCAUCCCAGUCUCCCUUGUGUUUGUCGGUAAUAACAUUCUGCCUAUAAUAUAAACGACCUUUCUUUUAAAUCGGCCAGUCAGUUUUUUCAGUCGCCAGUUGCAUAGGUCCAACACGGCAUAAAUUCGCAAAGUGAAGCUUCCUAGCACAGGUCACUACUAAUUCCUGCAGCCUCAGAAAAUGCAAAAAAAAUUACGACAAACUCAUAAAAAUUAGUUUUAAAAGUAAGCAGCUUUCGUACGAAACUCCUUACGAACUAUUCUCUCUUUCGCUCAGAUAUGCCAGUCGUCACUUGUGGCCUUUUCAUUAAGAAUUCUUUAGCUGGGAGGUGUGCGUUAUCGUGUUCCUCCCUCACCUAAAUCACGGUCGGCUUUCUUGAAAGCGAAUUGGUCUAUAAUAGUAGGACUUAAGUCGGAGUUGUGGUGACUAGUACAUACGUGCACAUACCUGCAUUGAUUCCCAGCGUUCUGACUGUUGACUUAUUGGAAAAGACCCGCGGCAUCGUCGCGGUCAUGAACAAGUCAUGCAAACAGGAUCAGUUUGGAUGGCCACAUCCUAACCACCGCCAUUUUAGCCAAAGCAUGGCUCGAGACAGCUGGCGGUCAUUGAUUUCUGAGGUGCCUUCUACUGAUCAAAGUUUGAUCGGUUUUUAUAUGGUCAGUGCACGAAAUGACUGAAGUAGUUCUAUCAUUCAUCGGAGAUACUAGUUUCGGGAGAGCAGCCGGGCUUGAAAUUAGCAGGACGAUGGUAUUAACAUAGGCGUUGUGCUGAUGCAGAGUCGAGACCUUCAGGACCCACAAAGAACAAAAAACUCACUCACAGACACACACGCAUCUGAGACAGAGGUUAGCAUUGUGGACUACAAGAGGCCACUGUUAUUAGCUUCAUCAGAUUGCAUUAGCGCAGAAGUAUGCUUGACUGUCCUUAAAACCGCAGCCUACUUCAGUCUAUGAGCGUUUUGCUGACGCGGCGGACGUAAGCUUAGGCACUCACGCCAGCAGAGAAACGCGUAUCACAACAGUUUUUCUCCACAAGAUUUACUGUUAUUUAAGCUGGCCACUUACAAGGAGCAUUGGCUUUGAGUCAGAGUUAAUUUGUCCCGACAGAUUUGAACAUUCUAAGUCACAACUUUUAGGGUACCGUGGCCGGCUUCUACUAGAACCUGGCCGAUAAGUGUCAUACUCCAUCAUGACGCCGACCAUUGAAACAAUCCUUGACUAAUUGAGGUCACGCAAUUGAGUUAUUACUUCGGGGCACAGCACAAGUUUUCACUCUAGAAGGAGAAGCAGUCGCACAAUUAUUGCGUGAGGAAGUGGCAAGUGCUCACCACCAUAAAAGUUUAACGAAGGAACACAGUCAUAUAAAGUGGUCAAGGAAACUUUAUUAGCGAAAUAGUGAACGCAUUUGCAUCUUUUCAGGAUAAACACACAUUGGCAUAUUGUAUUUUUUAUGGGUCAACAUAAGCAUUAAAUACCACGGCGACCUAUUUAAAAUUUUGAAGCCACACCGGAAUGCUGCAUCCAGUUCGUGUACCUUUAUCAGUUGACCAUUACGCAACUCAGCCCAAGAAGAUCUGAGAUUUGGAUCCGGUUUCAUUUGGUCGUCUGGUCAGACGCUCUACCACUUGAGCUGAUGCUCUGCAAGCUGUGGUUGAGAUUGUUGAAAGUCAUUUGGCCAUGACAUGCUCUGACCUCACGCCAGGCCAGCCUGGACAGCCUGGAACACGCCUCUCGGUCCUUCACGGUGACGAAAUGUUUCUUCCAUCUUAUGCAUUCCCUAUAGCACUCCUUCGACUUCAAGGUUCAUCGGUUUAACUUUGUUACGGUAGGCCUGAGGGCCGCGUGAAUGAAAGGCCUGAAUACAUACUGCGAUGACUUAACCGAUGAAACUGUCGUCGUAAGGCAAGAUAGGUUUGAUGGAAAUUGGCUUUUUCCUCCUUCAAGAAAAGACACAUUUUCUGUACGCCUCAGAUGCGCUUGGCACAGCAACUUAUAAGCCGACUCUCGUACUGACAAGAUACAGCCUCAGAGGCUGGUCUUCGUCACCUAUAAAGAGACAUUGACCUGGACAGGUUAAAGUGCAUACUCGUGCGUAAUCGUACAUUCCACUGACACCUCUUCACAACUACUGUGGCGAGAACUUGUUUAGACUUGUACGGGAAGGUCACUGUCACGAACAAAUAAAGUCGGUUGUGUUUCCACGCCAGAACGGUUUUCCGCGUUAUACCCUGUAGGCAUAGGAUUUAAACAUCAAGUUAAUUUGGGAUGAAAUAAAAUUAUUGCCCUUCCUCAAAUAUAUUCCUAGGGCUCUUCUAUUCGCAUGCAUGGUAGAUUAUCGGGUUGUUUGUCAAAGAAAGCGUUUACUAGCCGCUGUUUAUGCUCUUAAUGUAGGACUACAGUGAGCACGGGACAUAGUCGACGGUGUAGCUGCCACUGUGGUCAUAUUCCGGAUGCGCGGGUCCAAGUUGUCAACAUGAUAGUCAAGUCUAUCCAGAUGUCCCCAUGUGCAAAACCGUCUUGAAGUUCAUACCUUAAAGUCCAUCAUUUAUCCUCAGAGUAGAGAGGGAAGUAGAAGGCGCCUUAGAAGAAGAAAGCUUGAGUUUGUGAGAAUGAUUUCAUAAAAUCCUGUCGGAUGCAGGCAGGAAUAAUUUUAAAUAACGAAUUGUUGGCAUGCAUAAAUAGGCAUGGUGCCAGUGAUAUGGGAAAAUCAGUUAAGUGAAGCGUGACUUCAUAGACACACACGAAGCCAAACAUCUGAAUAUAUAAGAAUUUAUGGGGGAGCCAGAGACAAGGAAAUAUGAGUGAGGAAGGAGACUGGUCGAGCAAUAGAAUCAUUUCUUUAUUCGUCUGAGCUUUCGAAGUCGUACAGAAGUCCAUCUUCAGAUGUAAAAUCAGCAACGGAACGGGCGAUGGUUAUAAGGGGUGCUAACUAAUCAGUGAUUAGUGAUGCAGGUCUGGAGGUAACUGAACAGGGCCCUGUAUGUCGCGCCAGGUCGAUACAUCGAUCGACUAAAGUCCCAUCAGAGGCCUAUGCUUCACUGAAUUCCUGGUUCGUCUUUCUUAAGGCGUGGAUGGUCAUUUUGACGACCCACUCAACCGACGCGUUGGUCCUGCUCAGUUACCUCCAGACCUGCGUUGUUAAUCAUUGACUAGCUAGCAGCCCCAUAUAACUGUCGUCCGUUCUGUUGAUGCUACGGUCUCUAACGAUGGGCUCCGGCACGAGUUCGAAAGCUCGAAAUAAUAAGCAAAUCGUUCGGUGUUCGACCAGUCUUCCUCUUUUUUGCUCCUACAUGCGCGUGAAAUUCGAGCAGCCGUCUGCAUAAGGAAACAUUACUAUGUCGCACAACUUAGCCGCGCGUCCACAGUAUCCAAAUUGCAGAUUUACAAUGAAACACACGCCGGGUAACAAAACCUUCCUGACCAUGCGCGUUUUCUCUGUUUUCUAUGAUUUGCGCUGAGCAAGUGUUGCCUGCUUAAGCUAAGGAAAGUUCGUAAAGCAACUUCACUGCAACCAGCCUACAUACGACUGCUUGACUGUAACCAAUAACUAAAUUUGCAUUCGACUUAUUUUCGCACUGUACAAACUAGACUUUCACCUCUGCAUUUGUUUGUCAGUUCGCAUAAUGUUCCAUAAAAUACUUCAGGCCUGCCACCGUUGCAUACCGUGUAAACUAAGUGAUAUGGGCUGACUGCAGACCCUGCGAAGAAAGCCAGUGUGUUUCCAUCAAAAAUCAAAUCCAAAUCAAACAGAAGCUUCUGAGUUCGUUUUUAAAUUACCUUGCACAUUAAUCGCACUUAGUACCUCUGCCAUACCUCUGCAUGUUUCCACGUUGAUUAAAUGAUUUUGUAAUAUAUUAUAAAUGUCGAAGAACAUUAUAUAGAGUGUACAGCAUAGUUUAGACAACCUCCUAUUAAAAAUUAGCUUUACUGUUGCGUAAUUAACCACACUAGAGCAGAAAUCGUACGAUCAAAACAUACGGACAUUUCCAAACGAUAAUUGGUCAUCGGCACUACGCGAACCCCGUUUUUGGUUGAUACGAACUUACGAGCAAUGUUUCUGUCAAAAGAUUAGGGGAACAUUAGGCAAUAUGUGCAGCCUAAACGAAUUUGAGCGCCGGAAUUUUUUUCAGUUCCAAAUGAACUCCCCUCUCAUUGGUGGUCAAUGCGAAAGCAUGGAGAUUUAAGCAAAAGUUACCGCGAAAAGCGAUAUCAUCAACCUACUCACUUAAAACUAACCACUCAGAUGCUACCGGCAAGACUGCUUUGAUAUUUAAAUUGUCCGUGGCUGAGUAGAACUGUUUUCCUCAUAACGCAACCAAAACUGCAGUACCCUAUGGAACUCCGCAAUCCAGUCAAACUAAGCGAUAAGAUCAAACACAAUUUUCAAACCGUUUUAUGGUCUCUUUUGGAAACAGGAGAACAAACCAGCGAUUUCAUCUUAAUAACCUUGUAAUAGUAAUAAUAAACUAAUGGUUGAAUAUUGUACCCCGUGCAUUUUCUUCCGCUCCAAACGAAGUAUUAACUACGGGUAAAAUGCCCUUGUUUAGAUGAAAGUUUUCGGCGAAAUUGAAAUCUUUUGGAAUUACAUCUCAUUAUGAUUACUUUAUGUAUUGCAAUAGGACCUGGUGAUGUGAAAUGAUUGUAUGCCCUUGAAAACGUCGUUUGGAACUUAUUUUCAAAGGCGUAGAACUAGCUAUAAAUUAUAAAUUUCCAAACCACUCUUAAAUGCAAAAAAUCUCGUAGUAAAUUACUUGCAGACACUUCGCUAUGUGCGACGUCCUACAUGCUGAGAUACAUGUGGGAAGCUGAAACCUAACUAUUUGGAAUUCGAGGAAACUCGAGAAUUGGCAAAAUUUGCCUGGGCAUGUACUGAUUACAAAAUAACCACAGAUCCUCUUUAAGGUGCCUGGAUCCACAACAGCUAUCUCAGAAUUUUGCUUUUGUCUUAACGGCACUUGAGUGAGUCACAUGUGUCUGCUUCUGUUAAAGACUUGUGCGCGGAGAAGGCAGCACCGCGAGGUUUAUUGUAACCGAAUUUGAUGACUUCAGCAGAACGCACGUGAAGACAUAUAAUCUGCUGGAUAUCGAAACCUCAGCCUGAUAACUUGGCUUUUUUCUGAGUUCAGUUAAUUAAUCGGCGACUCCAUCAACAUGCAAGCAGAUGAGUAUUCUCUGCGAGAGGGACUUACAAUUUUUCAUACAAGCAGUCAUAUUGAACUCCGAGACCAGUUUCACUGCCAUGUAGUGCAGCUCUUAAGUGUGAGAAUUCACCUACUGAUUUAUAUUCCCGCACCGAUUGCUAGGUAAAGCCGACGAUGUCUUGUACCACUUGAAACAGACAAGUUAUACAAAAGUUGCUUCUUAUAUCCUAGAGAGGACAUUUCUUAGGAUGUUUUUUGAGACAUCUUAGUCUGUGUUACGAAAACAAAACCUCUGACUGCUUAGGUGCUACUCUCCAGUCAGAUAACUUGAGUGGCUGCAGUUUACUGACAUCCGGAAGUUUAAGGUGAGACCACAGCAGAAAAAUGUGGUUGUUUAAACCAUUCCGUCAGCUGAGACGAGAUAGGGAGGAAAGAAGGAAGAUACAUCGUCGUUAACUCUACCGAAAGCAUGCCAGCAGUUACACAUACAUAUGAGUAAUUCAUUGCAGUCUAGAACAGCUAUGAAGGUAUCUACACUGGAUGCCAAGGCAUAACAGGACGAGCAGGUUCCCUCACCUCCGCAUAGUUAAUAUUCCCGAUCGCAGCCUGCAGGAAAGCAAACCCGUGGCUCAAAUGGUGGAGCAUUGGACAUACUUACGCUCAACAGCCAAAAAAUCCGGGAUCGAAUUACAAGUCCCGCAAACCCGCGGUCGGACUGGGCUGGCGGCCAGUAAGUUAGAAACUGCCAUUCCAGACUCACUUGUCCUCGUCAGCACUUCCUUCUGCGCAUCGCACCUUCAAAAACUCAGAAGAAAAUCAUUAAGAAAAGGGGAACACAGACCGACGGUUAUCUUGCGCAGUUGGGAGACCUGAAGAGAGCUUUAUUGACUAUGACGACAACGUUAAAGCAUAAUUUCCUACAGCGGUAAAAUAGGUGGACAAGUGUUAGGCAAACCUGUCGCAAUACUGAUUACACUGCAUGGAUACCAGAAUAUUUCUAAGUCUUCCAACAGUGUAUUGUCAAAAUAGGUAUAUUUGCGGAAACAGUAGUUCUCAUUUCUCUGAGUAAUUUAUCAUAGAAAAUGGAAUGUAUAAUUACUUACAUUACGAGAGGCGCAGAGCAAUGUUUUGCUUGUAUGGGACGUACCAGUUUAUUUCACUGCGAUAUUAAAAGAAUCAUUUUGAAUACCAUACAUUGAAAGUGUGUAGGGUACCGCUGCGGAUGUUUUUGGGAAUCUUCGUGUAGCAAAAUAUCCCUGUGUCUAUUGACUCUGCGGAUAGCAUACCGACAGUUCGACCGUGGAUUCCGACAAUGUCCACCGUGUACUACGCAGAAAGGUGCAGCAGGCACGAUAACUUACGCAUGAAUUAGGUUAUAGUGAUAACUGGCUUGCGAAGCAUCUACCGCUCUCUCUCUUCCCCACUCCCCACCCGCACCCGAUGUCAAGACAGAGUCAAGAAGACCGAAGGCGGGGGAGGACCCAGGUGGCUGGCACGGCCAGACCCGCACCUAGGCAUGCCACCACACUCCCUUGUCAACAACACACACCUGACCAGGAUUUUUUGCCCAUUACAACAACAACACCCCAACAGGGGUCGAAGAACGUGGAUGAUGACUGAGCAGCCUUGCCCACCACCUGUAUGGCCAGCGAGAUGGCAAGCGCAUCUACCGGUAGGGAACCAGGUGUCAAGGAUUGCCAGCGCAUACGGGGCUGCGAGGGCCAUGAUUUGCUGAUACUGGCAUAGCACACGUUUUCAGACCUCUUGGCCUGCUGAAAACAUAACAGUUCGUACACGUACAUGCGAAUAUUUCGUGGCAGUGUAAAAACAGCUAUAAGGGCAACAGUGGGCACCAGGGCAGAAUGGAGCGUAACGUGAUCGAUAAACGCAUUUUUAAAGUAUCUGAUAUUCCCAAUGGCAGCUAAAAAGACAAUGGGCCAGUGGUUCAAUUGGUAGAUCGUUGGGCUUAAUGAAAAUUGAUUUCCAGGUGCACAAACAUGGAUUUGGAAAAAGGCGGCUAAUGGCGACUAAUAGACUGGAAGUGGCCAUUCCAGUCUCCCUAGUCUUUGUUGGUAAUGCUAUUCCGCAUUAAGUACUAGUCGCUGUUCAACUGUCCGCCAGGUUUCUACAUUGGACCCGUAGGCACGCAGGAAUGGAUACGUCCUGUUACCCGAAUGAUGAAUGCACUUCCAAAAUGAACAGUUUUGUAACCUCUGUACAUGAGUAUUCUUACGUAGCAGUAAAUUAAUCGUAUUCUUGUAUGUAAAGCAUUCUAAGCCUACCGUCACCUAGACGGACGACACACCUAUCCAAAAUCUAACGGUCUUGGAAGGCUGGAAGUUAACGUUUCAAAUAACGAAGACUUUGUGAAAGACUCCUCCAUGUGAAUGAUAAGAGUCGAUAUAAAACUAAUCAAAAAUAUCUGCCUCAAUUAUAGGGUCAGCGUACAAUUUUUGCCUGCUCGUGGGAUGUUCACUACUUUACCGGAAUAACAUUUUCAUGCUAAAGAUGGAAAUGAGCAUAAUGGGGAACCUGACAAAACUGAUGCGCAACGCGGCUUUUGCUGAAAUGUCGCCUUCUCCUAGGUACUUAUAUGCUCUUGUAUAAUGGUGUUUUUCUGGCCUCUGCACGUGUAUGCCAAUGCACUCUAAGUUUCAAAAAAUCGGACAACAGUUAUGCUGCAUGUCUCAGCAUCCGGUAUUACGCGCCCACCUUCCAUCAGAUGCACAAAACUGGGGUGUCUUUCUGAAGUAUUGAGUUGGUUGCAGUUAAGGGUUUCCACCUGGCUAUAGCAAAACUUCCCCUAUCCAAAUCCGCUGAGUGUAAUAUAUUUACAGAUCCCACGCUCAUGUUUCGUAAGUGGACUCAAGACCACAUCUCUCAUAUGUAGAUAGUUAUUCAGUUUUCUGACACUGAAGUACAGCUGACAAGGGAGAGUUAUAUCAACAAUCUGCACCAAAAUACUAGUCUCUACGAAUUUUUAAUGGUAGUUAGCGUACAUAUUUCUGUCCAUUUUCAAAAGUUGACUUGACGAUCUGAAGUUGGCAUGUGGGGUGCUGGCUGAAUAAACACUUGAAUUUCCUCAAAGACGUUUAUGAAACUUGCGGAAGUAUGCCACCGAUUAGUUCAUGUUCCAGACGUACUCUGAAAGAAGUGACUUGUACGUACUCGUGACGAUGACACUUUAUGUAGAUCUAGUUUAACGGUUUAAUCGUUCCUCCUUUGUCUACGUCUUCAAACGUUGUGGCACUAUCUGAGUGCCGAAGCGUUGUGAGACGGUGAUGGAAGGCGACUAGUCUCAUGAAUGGAAACAUCUCAGAAAAGUGUCUCUUUCGGUUGCUUGUCCACUUUGUUUCGUAGCCGAAAUCCAAAAUAGAUAAAACGCUUUUCUUUCGGGUGAAAGCCUUUAUUCCCUGUAGCCAGCACACUUUAUGAAUUUAGACAUUGCAUUUUUUGUGGAGUUCGAAUUCUCACAGCUGUGUUGCAAUGUGUGAUCUCAAGUCUUCGAAUGGUCCCGUGUCCUUUUUUUAUAAUUUUCAACCGAAAGUAAACUGAGUUUUGGUCAGAUGCCAUCGCAUUCUUGUAAAAGGGUUUCCACAGCAUAGGAGGCUUCCACAAAAUUAAAGGAUACUUUUGCAUUUUGGCAUAGGCUUUAUCAACACAAGGAGGUCUGGCGAAUAUAAAGACUUAGGGAUUGAGAACGAGAUUUUAACCCGGUAAAAAGAGUUUUAUCGUCUGGGAUUUUGAGAUUUCUCGCAGCAUAGACAUUACCUGAAAAUAGCUCGAGCAUGCAGAACUUUGCCCAACGGCAACGCUUACCUAACUGAAAUAAAGAGAAAAGUAGUUUUUCUUCCUUGCCGGCAAACAACUUUUACUUCCCCAAAUUUCACCAAUUCUGACAAAUUUAGUUCGGGCCUAUGGCGAACAUGUCAAGGGAAAAUGAAAGUCCGCUUAUAAUGCAAGCCUUUUAAAAUAAGUAUUUUGCUACCUAGUUACCUACUGGUAGACUUACUUUUUGCUACCAACAAUUGAUAGUAGCUACAGAGCCAGUCCUGUCAUUAUAUGAGACAAAAAUACCCACAUUUAACAAUAUUGCGUGUGCCAAUCCAUUGUCAAUCAGUGCACAAUUAAAAUCUCAUCCAUAACAUAGAAAUCAGAUGUAAAUAAAAUUCAUAAAGACUUGCAGAUUAUGGUUAAACGAAUCAAGGUUAAUCAAAUGUACGAAGCGAAGAAUUCCCAAACGAAUGUAUUUGCGAUCGGGCAUUUGCGUUUUAUUAAUUAUUUUUGAUAUCACUUUGUAAGCGAUAAACCCAUUAGUUGGGCACAGUAAGUAGGCUAUCCGGAAAACGAAGAUAGAAGUAUCCCAACAGUUACAGACUAGUUAACGGGAACAAUGUCGUCAGCAGAUAAAAAUACACGUGCUAGUUCUUUGUCUCAUUCAGCGUUGUGCCAGGUCAUUUAACAAGCGUUUUAUAACUGAUUGAAACAAAACGGACUUAAAUGUCACUAAAACUUCAAACAUUAUUUGAAAACAUAACAAUUACUUCCUUUGUCUUUUGACGGCAAGCUAUGUGUAAAUAUGGCAUCUGUUUAGUCGAAUUUCCAGAAAAUAUGCAGGUAAUUAAUAAAUAUGCCUCGCAAAUAAAGUAGUGCACUGUCAUUAGGAUUCUGAUGAAAGCCUUUACGCAAAUAAUAUGCUAAUUUUUACCUUUUGAUUCAGUGAAGCGUCUCCUCGAAGAAAAUGUUAAUCCCGAUGUACAGAAUGAGGACGGACUAACUGCUCUUCACCAGGUUAGUUUCAACUCUUACCAAUGCGGCCUUCAUGACUGUUCAAUUUUACAAUGAGAGAACAAUGUCUUGUUAAGUACCUCAGUUGACACCACUGCAGUACAACAUGAAAUAGGACAGGUAGAACGGGGUAUCAUAUAGUUUCUCCCUUCCACCUCUUCUAACCUCGGUCUUCUAUGAACGAAAUAUCGUGGGCAUCACAGCACUGAUUUCAGCCUGUGACCGGUGCUCUUAACCAUGUGUGUUGAUUUCUGUGCAGUUUGAACAAAACUCGUUAGCACUUUUUGGUCUACAGCUGGAGUGGAUGCUGUUUGCAUGUUGUAACUUCCUCUUGCUCACUCGGAUUUUCUGCACACAGCAGGCAACAUAAAGGGAACUGCAGUUUCAAAGAAAGAACUUAGUGCAUGUCAGGUUGGAGGGCAAAUUUCCAGCAGAUGGAGGACACGUUUUGACUCUGCACACUAAGCCCUGUAGCUCUGAAGGCAGCAGCAGUGAACAUCGGUUCGACAUAUUUUGUCACCGAAUAGGUGUGUCUGUUGGUUAAAUUACUAUAGCGGUAGCAUUGUAUCAUGCAGUUAAUAAGGAAAAUAAAAACUUCAGAUGCUACAAGGCAUUCCUCCUUCAGGAGACUUCUGCAAACUGGGCACGUAUUAUCUAGCCAGCUAGAACAGGCAUCCUACCAUGAAUCAAAGGUGGUAAACUUGGAAAAAACGCUCGACAGCCCAUAAUCGCAAGUGGUUUUCACUUUUGGGUCGCCUCAAAAUUGUCAGGAGAAAGCCCUGGCGCUUAAACAAAAGAUUCUCUCAACCCAUUCGCGUAUUUUUAACAGACGGAUUCGUCCUCAAAGCAUAUAUUUCCUAUACUUCAUAAUUCAAUGAGAAACAAAGUCGAGCAGAAAUUAAGUAACCCAAAAGGUCAUGUGGCCCCCAAGGCAUAGAAAUAACACUUUCGUUUUAGGUUUACGUUUCGUGGCAUGUCUAAAAUCGGUCAGAUGUUUGAUACCUGACUGUUUAAGGAAGCGGCAAAAAAUUGCCCACUUGAAUGGACGACUUCUUGGACAAUAGCUCCGAGAAAUAUCGAUGCGUCACAUUUUUAAUUUUAUAUACAAUAUGUCUAAUUACUGUAAAGUACAGCUGGACUCUGGUUCUGGUCAAAAUAAUUAAGAUGCGUUCACAGCAAAAAUAACAUUCAAGAAAUGGUCUUUUAAUAUGAAAGCAUACUUUUUGAGUAAGUUGAUGAAUAUUCCAAAAAAAGUAUGAGGCUAAAGGUAAUCCUAUGACUUUCAUAAAGUCCAGCUUGGAGUAUGAAAAGUUAAUCAUGAAAGUGGGCCUAAACCUAUCACACGAAUUCUACGAUUAUGUGAAGAAUGUAUUCGAUAGAAACUGGAGAAGAGUGAUGAUACAACUGCGUAGCUUCACCACGUUGGCUAAAUUAGGCGACAUUCAGAAGAAUAUGGAAGGUUAAUAAAAUGGGAUUUUUGUAUUAAACUGAUUCCAGCUUACGCUUCAUGGGACAGCUUUUAGGCAAUAAUUCUAAAAAAUAUCCUUGGCAUUUGUCUUAUGUUUGAUUAUCAUCAGCAGCAUGUUUGAUAGUGGAGCAGUAUUUCGACGAUCGGGGUUCUACGCUAUUAAUGUUUAGGAGUUAAAGGAAUGGUAUUGAGUCGUUAUACAUACCGUUGACCCCGCUCUUGGCAAACAGGCCGGAGAGAAGAUUUAUCCGCAAAUCAUUUAACAAUACAAACCGGAGGCCUUCACGCAAAACAGUUUUAAAGGCAGCAGAUAAAUCUGGAGCUGCGUGCAAGGAUGAAAAUGGCGUUAUGUAGGUCACUGAGAGCAGCUAUUACUGAGCAAUAUCACCUAAGUUUUGUUCUCCUAUGUAUAUGCAGAGUAAAGUAUAUCAGGAGGAGAGUUGGGAAGUGGGACUAUAAUUUAUAGGACAAUUCGUUCCCAGGAUUCAUGGCAACUACAAAGAAUGGGCAAAACUCAGUAAAUAUUUUCCAGCUAGAAUUAACUAUAACAGUAAACAAAACCCUCAACCUCUGAGAAACGGUAAAUUGAUAAUAUAACGGCCAAUGGUUGGAGGGAAAGUAAAAGGAAACUUGAUGAAUUGGAUAGAUAUGCCGUCACUCUGAGUGACAGCUGAACCACAGGCAUUUUAAGUAAGUGCUGAAAAUUCUGGAUCCUGAUGCAGGACAGAAGGCAGUUGGUUCCGACUACCGGUCCUUUGAGGAGGCCUAAGGUUUAUUUGAAGGAACGGAAAUAAAUACCCCGUUCGGCAUGUGGGGUUCCCAUUCUCAUAUCUCAAAUAUAACCCGAACUCUUACUUCUCUUGACAUUUUGACGCAAACCCAACUGUAAUACUGGGAGUACCAAAUCCCAUGCCCUGCUAAAAUGAUGAUAUGUUUGAUGACAACCUUUAAGUCAAUAACGCCUCGCAUAAACUAGGUUUGUUAAUAACUCAGGCGUUUGGGCUUUUUGCCUAACUCAGCAAAUGAGGGACUUGGUGGACAAAAGAAAGCAGUGACAAAAGCAAGAAGACGAAGAACAACAGAAGACUGCCUAAAAUGGACACUCAAUUAUUUGAAUUCAGUUGCAAUUAAACAAGACUCAUUCAGCUUCUCACGCAGGUGGAAAUUCAUUCGAGUCUAACAAAGUGAAUUUUUCGGGAACAAUUGGAUCAGUGAAAAUCAAAGUUGCAAUUUAAUUAGACAACGAGCAUGUAUACGACGGGCAGUUUAAGAGAAUAAGAGUUCGUUCAAGCGAAUUGUUCUGAAGAAAGUUAACAUUUUGGAGCGGUCCAUUUCGAGCCUGCGUCUACACUUUAUUUUCCUAAAAUUUUCACUACCUUGGUUGUUGAAAUGGAAGUUACUCGCAUAAACACCCAUUUAUUUUAGUCUGAUGUUUUCGGGAUGUUGAAGGGAAAUAAAUACAUUCAAAGAGACGAUCCUUUGAUAUAUGCAACGCUUCCGAUUAAUGGGUCGUAGAAAGCAAAACCUAUACCAGAAUACAAUUUUAAAAAUGUCGAAUAUAAACAGCAACCUGCUGUACACAAUCGUUUUAAAAAUUAUGAUAACCGGUGUAACGCCAUGUUGGGAAGUUAAAUUUGGAAGCGGACGUGAAAUGCAGGUGAUGCAAUACCUCUUUUGAUAAAUGUCAUCCACAUGUUACUGGAAUCGUUUAACUGUAUAGUUUUUGCUACUUUAAAGUACACCAAGCGCAUUCUGCAGUUAAUGGCAGAUAUACACGAGCUACAUUUGCUAAAUUAAGAGCGAUGAUAGAACGGAUUUAGGUUCGUUGGAUAACUUUCAGCAGGGUACGCGUUAGCGGUCUUCUACCUGAAAUUUGGCCGGCAGUCAACAAAUGUGGGAUAUAUGCUUUAACUGUCUUAGUUUAACUAAAAGAACGAAAUUCCACUGAAUGUCCGCAAAUAUCUUUUAACGGACAAUGAGAAGUUAUCUGUUCUGGAAAUACUGUAUUCAGAUAACACCAAAAGAUGCGCAUGUCGAGCACUAAUCUAUGUAGUCGCGUAUGCAAAGUGAAAUUAGAUAAAAACGAACGCUUCUUGGCCUCAUGAACGAAGUAAUACUGUCGGCAAAUGUCGCACCUUUCAUACCGGCAAGACUCGAAAGCGGCGCCCUGUCAGGGCCGACCACGUCUGAUUUAUUUUGAGAUUUCACGCGUUGCAGGGACCCAGGCACUGUGAGCGCAAAACAAAUAGUUGCUAAAUGGAAUCAUCGGUUCUAGGCAUGAUUCAACUCCUUGGCGCCUGGUAGCCACGAAGAAGAACAAAAUUCUUUAAAUAACGUGCCUGUUAGAUUUAUGUUUCGCCGCGGUACGUUAUAUUUAUAGCAUAAUGCUAGGCAGACUUUUUAUUUAAAUUGAGCUUCUAUUUAUCUUGGAUUUUAGCAGUAUCUAUGGGUACUGCCUCAGGUUACAUGUACUAACAGUAUGUCAUGCUGAAUGCAAACAACCUCACUAAAGUUUGAGGUUUCUAGUAGAUGAAUGGUGAAUGUUUCAUUCAAAAAGAAUUCGUAAAGUAUUACCAACAAAAGUAGGAAGAAUAUAGUCAUUCUUUCUUUGCUUUAUUGUAACGUAGAACAGUCUGAACUUUGAGCAUCAAAUAAGUGUACCAAGGACUUUAAAACUUGAUCCAUGCUAUCUAUUUAUUCUUUGUUUAGAGUGGACAACAUACAAAUAAGAUGGGCCUAAGUUUCAGCGAUAAGUCUAGUUGGUAAUGAAUUAUUGCUGACAGGGUCAAGAAGAUCAAAAUAUCAAUUUUAGACAUUUUCUGUUGAUGGCUAAUUUAACGUAGAUCAGGUACGAAGAGAGUCAACUUUUUAACAUGUGGCUCGCUGGCCAUUAAUGUCAACGAUCCAAUUGUUGAAUCACGAACUCAUGCUGUGUCAAUUACGACCUAAAAUUUCCAAUCACGUAUGAGGGCGUUGAUCGAUAUGGCGUGCCUGUCUGCAUUCUUUCCGACUGUUGCAUGCAUACUGCAUAUUUUUUCUCAAUGGGAGAAAACUCCACACUUUACUCGUAGACAUAGAACGCAGUUAGGAUCCCCGUGUCUGUAUAAUAAGUUAUUGGUAUUUUCGACAGAAACGUGAAGCACUUAAACUGGAUUGGUCUAAUAACUGAAGGAGAAAUAAAAGCGAAGAAUGAGAUAGUGAACUGUACUAAUGAUUGGAAGGGGACUGAUCGAGCGUCGAACCUACUUCUUCAUUAUUUUCGAACUUUCGGAUUCCGGCAAUUGCUUUUUUUUCUAAAAGCCGGGAAACAAGAGAAACUGACAUUGGUUCGAUAACUGUAAGUUCAGAUUUACUUAAAUUCUUCUUGUGCUCAGAUAAAUCUCGCUAAUAUCACUGUUUCUGUGGAAGGGGCUAAAAGAAUUGGAAGAAGAGACCGGAUCACAGCAGGAAGUUGGGUUAUGUACCUGUUGGAGAACCGUGCGGGUACUGGUAUUGUUAUCCUGAGUAUGCACAAACAUCUCUAUCAAGUACCAGUCUUUUCGAGUUCUACGCAUUUCAGUCUAACACUCCAAAAGAAACCCAAAAUCGUCAACGAAAACCAAAAAAUAAAUUUUAGAUUUCGAUGGUCAAACGAGGUAGGUUCUCAGUAUGGUCAGUCAAUGAACAUUCUCAUAGUUGUCGUAGUUAAAGUGUGAGGACACGAUCGCUGGAAUCCGAACUUUAUUCGCUGGAGUAAUAAACUAAUUUUACACGCCGUGUUCAGUACCAGCAACAGACGAUGGUACCUGACGCACACUAAGUGCAAUACUGUCUGAGUAUGUCUGCUGAGCAACUAGGCGCCAUUAAAAAUUAGCUACUGUUACAUUCAUCGCAGGUGAACGUACUUUGUGCGGUGGUUGUUUGGUUAACCGCAUCGAAGUCACUAAUGGUCGCGAUUUCAUUAGCGACAUGUCUGAUUAACGUAACAAUUACCGCACGAUCUGACCUGAUGGCGCAGCCGAUAGAGGUAAAGGUCUUUCCGGUGAGUGUUCCCGGGUGAUUACUUACUGAGUGAAGACGAAGUCUUAGAGCGGAAUGAGGAAAUGAAGAUGGUUGCGAUUGUUCAUGGACUGUGCAGCAGACGGCCGGACUUAUGAAGAUUUCUACUCACUGGGUUGUCGAAAGUGAGUUUGACCGGAUCCCACUUAGUAAGUCGCGACUUCAGAGUUAGUCUACUUUCUCCUCGCUGGUGGUGCAUGGCCGGCCAAUUUCGUUUUGAACACUCCUCCAUCUUCUCCGAAGUGCUUUAUUUAUACACUAUUACACCAACCCCGGCAAAAAAUUCAGAAUCGUCUUACUACCGUAACAGGUCUUUCAACAUCAUCCAUUGAUACCUGAUGGUUUUUCUCAUUCAGUUUGCACCGUCAAAUACGGAUAGAUUGAGAAGGCGACUGUUAACGUCGGAAAUGUUCCACUGUAAGGGAGUGCUUGUCAAAACGUGGCGUACAGAUUGAGCUUUUGUUUCAUUUUUGUCUGCAUUGAUUGUUAGAGUUGCGUGAAUAACUACUCACCCUGAACACCAAUGGAAGGUAUUAUUAGUCAGCAACGUCGUCUCCCCAGUACACCGACUUAGCGUCUUCAAGUGCCUCCAAUUGUAACUGAUUGGGUGUUUGAUGUUGAAGUUCAGCACAGGGUCGUAUAUUUUAUUUCAUGUAAAGCUUUAGUAUUUAGGCCAUUGAAAUCUCUGCAACAGACGAGGACAUCAGGGUCAGUUUAUAGUUGUCAUUUUCUUCUAUCGUCAAUUCUAUGUCUGAAAGGGUGCAUUCGAAGAUUACUUAAAUGCUGGCAUCUGGUCCCGUUGGACGAUGAGGGCAUUAUCUAAAUAACGAACCAAAGGUUUCAGUCUGUGGUUCUGGGAGAUAAUUGGUUUCAACUACUGGAAGACUGCAUUGGCUCUGAUUUGAGGAAGGAGCAAAAAGACUGGCUAAUUCUUCGCCCAUUUGUGGAUUUCCCAGUCAAAAGUGAAGCAUGUUUUGAAAGAAACUCAGGAGUUUGAGGAUCCUGAUUAUCCACUUCGUCCCCUUUGCUUCUCAGCAAUGAUUCGAUUAUCUCAACUUUAAGACCUUAAGGAGUAGAGUAAAGAAGGUACGUCACAGCCAAAAAAACCGUAAGCUCUCUCGGCAAGAAAACUAUCAUUUAACGUUUAUCUAGGGGUUUGUCAUCAAACUGUCCGGCGUGUCUGCACCCGCAGACAGAUCUAUGUCAGUCAUUAAGGUUGGGCGUCCGCGAUUGUAGGGGAAACCGAGUGGAAGCGACUUGAUUUUAAUGUUUGAGACGGUACUAGAGUCGGACUAUGGCCAUUUCUUUGGUUUUUAUCAUUCAUAUUUUGAUGAUGAGUGUUGAAUCCGAGCUCUCCAUUGCCAACAAAAUCGCAAAUAUUUCCCAUUUUCCCAUGGGACAGAGAAAUUGCCAUCCUCCAGUAAACUCUUGGAAUUCGUAAUUUGGUGCAACCUGUCUGGUGACCCUGCGUUCCCUCAGUCUACUGUCUGUGUGCUCCCCUACAGCGGGCCACAUUAGAGGCGCCGGACUAAAACCAGGAGCCAGAUCGCACCACGGCGCGCGUUGAAUAGGUUGCGCAAUGCCCACCAAUCCCACAGCAAAUGCCACCUUUGGAAGUGUAGUGGGACGCGUAGACGCAGGAUUUUCGUCGCCCCAGCGAGUCACCCCCUAAUUCCAACGUCAGGUGGCUGACUGGCUUGGACAGUGUACCGGUGCGUGAGAGAGGUAAGAGAAAAAUUGAGCGAGAGAGAGACUGCAGCAUUGGUUCUGAGGGCUCCACCCCGAUGGCACCUCAGCGCAUUUCUCACUAUAAAAACGUCUGGAGAACUUCAAAAUGAUCAGGAAGCACCAGGAGUCGUGGCGUAGAAGACUGCCAACCGAGUGGAAACCUCGGUACUCUCAGAACGUAGAGUCAGGCCGUAACGGUUCCUUCUGGAUGUGGCCUCUAUUGUGCUCAAACUCAAAUGGGAACCAAACCACCCCAUGCUUCUCCAAUGGCUUGGCCUUUUGCGUGUGAAUCGCUUUUUCGGACACUGAGGGCGAUUCCGACCUCGGUCGUAGAUGAAGAAGAGGAGUGUGUAACAGAUGCUGCGCUAGUCUGUUGUCGCUAUAAACCAAUUCACGCUCUAGUCAGCGUCCUACCUCCGCCGUGCUGUGAAACACACGGUGGGCAGCGUUGUUGUUGACAGCCUAACUGACGUAUCGUCAUAGACUCACAGAAAUAUUUUCCCUGGUCUGAGAGAAAUCGAGUCUGUCAUUUUCAAAUGCGUCGUGGAAGACACAUUGCGCACUGACGACCACUACACGUUCAUGUGUACAGAUUUUUGUGUGGUUUAUAACAGGGGUUUAGACCUGAGUAUAAUAGAUGUGCUAUUGUUGUUUGAGUAAAUAAAUAAUUUCUGAAGAAAGUCGUUCAAAGAUUAAAGUGCCACUUUGCCUGCAAAUGAAUACCAUAGGAGGAAACUUUUGGCUUUAUGCAAUUUUGUGACUAUGUUCUUUAGGAUAGAGUUUCAGUCCCAUCCUUCUGAUUCCGCACUUAUAUUCAUCAUUGGUCUGAUUACGGCGAAACCGCAGAACAAGUAAGUGCAAUUUGAGUUCAAGGAUGGGACUAAUAGUGUUGGAGUGUUUCGGUUCCUGACAGUGGUUGAUGCUAAAUGUUGAUGCGAUCAUUUGUCAUAAACACGUUAAAAUAGAUUUGGAAGCAAUUUAGGCGGCUAUACAGACGGUGGAGAGAAAGGGAAUCAAAAACUUUCCUGCCAAAAACAUUAUUUACGUGACCGACGAUAAUUCCAAAACCAGUCAUUUAUGUUCUCCGGAAUGGUUUGCCUGGGUCUUCAUUCGUUAGAUGUUAUUCCCUCGGUACAGAGUAAUAAGAGUAAUUUUGUAACUGUUUUUGGAGCUUGAGAUGAUUAUCGCCUAAUAGAUCCUUUUCAGUACACAUACUGGGCACGAAUCUGAUUUCUGUCCGGUAAUUCCAACGUUAUAAGCCUAGUUUACCAGGUGAGGCUUGUUUCUGGGAUGCGCGUGGCCAAUUAUGGAAACGGCAUUAUCUAUAGUUUGAAAUUUCAUAACACUUCAUAGCACAGGCAACUGGAAACUACAAUGGUAUUCGGUCUAUUCAUUUCACAUCACACGCGCUGAUUGGUGUGGGAUUAUCAAAGGUGGUUUUAAGCAUGUGACAGCUUGAGGUAAAGUCUAUUUAGGGACAGAGAGCUACCUCCUUUCAAAUUGACUGUUUUUAAAUGUUAACACUUAAAACGUCUUGUGUACAUUUGCAGAAUGGCCGAGAACUUUCAGAACUGUACUAAGGUUUUCAGAUAAAAAAAUACUGACGAGCAUAUCUAAGUAUAUUUUCCUAUAUAGGCAACCAUAUUUAAUUAAGACGGCAACACGUCCAAAAGUGGAGCACCAUUUAAAAUUUUCCACCCUAUGAUAACUUGCAGGGUUUCUCUAGUGACAAUCAGAUUCAGAAAACAUAUUGUUUAAGCGAAAGAGUACGCAUCGAAAGCCAGAACAUCUUAGCUGAAGUAGCUAGAUAUAUCUUCCGAAAAAAAUCUUUUUAAAUUGAAACUCCAACACUAUUUGAAAUAGAGCCCAUUCCAAUGUUAAUUCAGUUAACUCACAUUUUGAAAAGGCCGCAUUACUAUUAUCUAUGCUCCUCGUCAUCUUGUACGCUUAUGUACGUUCGAUCACAUUUCUCCAAAUUUAAGAGCAUGCCGAUUAACCUAUAUUUUCAAAGACAACCCUUGUUUUCUUUCGUUCUUAAGUCUAGGAAAUGAUGCUUAUAGAAAAUUCGUAUAUUUCUUAGUGUCUCCACAAACAGAUCUCUCCGUUUUAAUAUAGGUAUGGCUUAUAUUUUGUAACUUCUAAGCAGUAUUAAAAACCAUAUAUAUCAAACCACACACUUAAUUAUGCAAACAUUUUCGAACUCCAUGUGUUUAAAAAAACUAAACGUACACAUUCUAGUCAAAAAGCGAUUUCUUACAAACGGCCUACAAAGAUGAGUAAUUUAUGCAUCUGUGCAAACACUACUUAACUUAGGUAUUCGCCGAAAGUCGUUUGAAAGGCGAUAUAAUAGGUAAAUGGUGUCUUUCGUGUCGUGUACGCGGACAGCAGAAAAGACUUUCAGACAUAAAACAACAGUCAGGUAAGACAGUAGUCUUGCUUUAAAGUUCUUUUCCGCUGACUUCAAUGUCUUAAAAUCAAAGCCGAGGUUUCGUGGGUUUUAAUGCGAGGUGGACGCUGUUUACUGCAUUUAUUUUGGCUUCUCUAAAACUACUGCAAAAUUUCAGUUGAGUUGACGGUUAGUUCGAAUGCCUUAAUCAGGGGAGGGGAUGUUUACAUCUUCAAAGAAAUGCUCUGAGACUGCUUGAACUGUCAGACUCGAAGUCGGGCUAUUGCCAAAUUCUCAAAUUUGUUAAUUAUGUCCUCAGGCUAUAUCGCCUGGCAAACGUUUGUGCGCCAAUCUUUUGUACUGUUUGAAGUCACUGCUCCGAGGCGGAGUGGAGUAUAAAUCUUUUUCAGACUGCAUAUGCACUAUGCAGAUUUGCCGCCAUAUACUAAGUGAAAGCGCAGGUUCUGAUUCAUCCAAUCGAUUAAUGUUGAAUAUCCAAAAACUAAGUUACAAACGGACGCAUUGUCAUAUAUUUUAGGAAACAAGAGGCAAUUUCGUGCAUGCUUUUUAAGAAUCGGCAUAUGGGAAUAGAAACUACUGGAAACUAUGGACUGAAACGUGGACCAACACAUGAAGCUGGAUGGAUUUCUAAUCUAAAAUCAGCAUUCCAUGAUACUUGAACUAAUGCGAAAUGUAUUUCCGUGUCAGUAAAUAACAAGACCUCAGACAUGCAAGGCCAAUAUCCGAUGUAUUAUAGAACUGCUAAAAAAUGAAGAAAUUUGCCAGCAUUUUGAACUGUGGUCUCCUCUAUAAAGUAAAAAACAACAAAUACUGGUGUCAGUAGAACAGCAUUCGGUAGGACACAGAAGUAGGCGUCCCGCUAUUACGAGUACGUAGCGUUAAAGCUAGGGUUAGGGUUAGUGCCAGGGCUAGGAUACUGGAGUAGGUACCCCUGGAUUUAGUUCCAGACCACUUCUCAUACGGGGAGUUCCUAUCCUCGCUUCUUACCGAGCGCUCUUGAGUGCAUCUUUUGAAGUCACAUUGUAGUGGUCCUAUGAAGAUGGUUCCGCUUACAAGAAAGGUUCUAUGAACUCGGUAUAUAUAUAUAUAUAUAUUCACAUGCGACGUUGUAUGUUUUGCAUAUAACGUACUAACGAGAAUUUUUAUUAUAAGGGUAAUCUCACGCAAGAAAAGGGAGUACUAUAUCAAAACCCCCGAAACAUAAGGCGCCUUGGGCUAGGGUAAGGGGUAAGCGUUAGGGGUUAGCGGAUAGGUUUAGAGGUUAGGGUCUGGGGUUAAGCUGGGGCUCGUCUACUGCAGGCGCGGCUAAGAAAUUAGAUCUGACCGUGCUUUGGGCAAAAGAAUGAAUCUGAAUCGUUUAUUUUUAAAAUUUCUAAAGAGAAUUUAGACCAUAAAACCGUUGAAACGAUAUCACUCUACUAUUUUUAGACCGUAAGUCCACCACGUUUGAACGAAAAUGUGCACCCUUCGAAUGAUAAAUAAAACCACUGAAGAAGUGGUUCGCUGAGGCAGAUAAUUCUCAGAAAAUUAGAGUAAAGGCAUAAUCCAAUGAAUUUUGGAAAGCAUUGCAGUCAUGGGCUGCUAAAAGCUUCGAUACCGAAAACGUGUUUCGUGAGAACACAAUUCUCUGGAGGCAACUGAUCUAGCGUAGAUUUGAAUACUAAGAGACGACGCCCUCUAAGAGGAUGCUUAACACAUGUAUCCGGACGAAAUUUUUGUAGACGUUUUGAGAUAUAUGUGUUAAACUUUUACUAUGUCACCACUCAAGAAUCAUCGUAAACGAUCCGCCAUGUAUUUUACCAGUUUCAGUCCAUCUACGUAUCUUUUCCUGUUUUAAGCCACAUGUCCCGAUCCCAACCAAGUGCUUCGGCGGUUGUCUGUCAGGCAGAUAUCUUUAUGUGCAUGCUUGCUCUCCAACGAUAAUUUUUCUAUGGAAUUUUAAUGCGGGGCACAGAAGCUCUAUUUGUCUCGAUAUCUAAACCGCCAUGAUCAGUGCCGGCUCAGUUAGGACAUUCGGUAACCUGACAGGUUCUGAUGAUAACGGCUUGGAAAGACGAUUACAUAUUUCAUUGCCAACAUCAGUGAGAGGUAGGUUUAUGCCAGCUGUACCACAGCUAUUCAUUAAAAUGAAAUCAGCGGCUUUGAAAAUAAGGAAAAUUCAUUGCGGAAUUAUGCCACCUGACUGCUUCGGAGGUGAGCAGCAUGAAACCGAAACGUAAAGCUAAUAACCCAACCGCGCCCAUUGUCCAUCCGGUUUCAAUUUCCUUGACGACGUUUUUGAAUGUCGACAGAAGUAUUCAAAAAACCUGUGUCGGUAAAGAUGUGCUGCUACCUAUUUUGCAGUCACACGCCGUCUGACAAAAUAAUGAAAUCCCUGUCUAUAUGAAGGAAGCGCAUUUCUGCAAAGAUCGUAGAUAUUUUAAGCUACUUUAAUCAAAAUAUAAAAACAUUUGGUCGAUUUGUAUAAGCAACCUAUGCAGUAUCAUAUAUUUGUGCUUUGCCGAGUAAACCACCGGAUUAGUUCCUGCAAACUCAUCAAAUUUAAUGAUAUACGGUGUGUGACUGGCAGGGCAAUCCGUUCCUGGUCUGAGUUGUUGUCAUGCCAAAUUAAUAAUGCAAACCAUUCCACACAGAAACAGGAUAUGACUGAGGUCACAAAAAAAGAACCAAAAGAUGUGUGUGUGGCCUCUCAUAGCAAAAUCAGAUACCGGAAUUGUUGGAAGCUUUCCUCUUUAGGAGACAAAAGUACAAUAUUAAAUAACGCUUGCAAAAAUUGUAUUAUCUGAUCGAUAAAGAAUUUGAAAAUCGAGCAAGUUCACGAUAGGUAUACGUUUAUCAACUGGCACUCCUCAAUUUUUGAAGUCUGUAAUGCCUUGAGAUUCAAUCAUUUCAUGCAAAGAAGAAAGCAUUUUAGUUUGUUUUGAGAAUGUUCUGUUGGGAUUAAUACAAAAAGGGACCUGAGGAAUAGUCUAUUUAAUAUACACCUUCAGAGCUGUCAAGUACUGCGUUAAACGUCCACGAUUUCCGUCUGCGCCAUAACGCUAAAUGUCACACCAAAAAUGUAUUUAACGAUUUAGACCAUUUAUUUCUACCAACAGAAGCAAAGUAAAUUCUAUACGCUUCUAAAAGAAUUAUAGUUUACUAACCGACAUUCGUGUGGCAAAAUAUUCCAAAUAAGACAGACUAGCAAUUUUUCUUUUUGAAAUAAUCUUGAACUUUCGUGUAAAAUGCACUGCUUCCUUCGUUUAUUCAUAGUCGCUGAUUCCGGAACCAAUUUCAUGUGAUGCUAACCGAGAGUCCAGAAUGCCUUUUUGACUAGGAAGGAAUAUUUAAUUUGGGUCGUAAUGUUAAAUAAUGCUUACCAUAUACCCAAGAUAUUUCACUCACACCAGGGUGCCGGCUUCUGCAAGCAAUUCUUUCCAGCCGUCUCACUCAGUAAAAAAUGACUACAUAAUAAGCAUACGUUCGCCAUUGAUUUUCGAAGACUUUAAAAUUUAAAUAUCUUAGAUAGGAAACACGCGCAAGUCUGGUAGAAAAACACGCCUUCUUUAUACUUAGGUUUUUGAAAGUGUUUCAACUGCCGGAGUUAGAGUCUGAUUCGCUUUUCACUUGAGUUUGGGAUUUACAGUCUACAAACUAUAUAUUGUCUAUGUUAAGUUCAUACAUUUCUCUUUGCCAUUAGGAAUUUACGCUAUAGGGAUUCAUACAAUCUUUCAGUGGAUAUGUACUAGGUUGUAUUCAUUUCACUGACUUACAAGUGUCACCUUUAUAAAUUUUUAAAAGCCGAAAUAUACAUGUGAGCAUAAAACUUGAAAAAGUCGCCACAUCCUACCAAAGGAGAGCAAGGCGGAAUACAUUUAUAGAUAAUAUCUACGUAAUCUAUUUGAAUCCAUAAAGGAAUUAAAAAUUGGUGGGAAAAAAUUUGUAUUAAUUUAUAUCGUUAUUUUUACCGGGUGAAAUUUUACUGGACGGUCACUAAAGAGUGCAUUCAAACCUGGCAUCUUGGCGAUACCGGAACAUCUUGAGAUCAGGAUACUUGAUAACUGCUUUUGAAGUCUACUUAAUCAAUCCUCCCUAAUCGGCAAGGCAUCUUAGAAUUUUAGUUUUUAUUUCAUAAGACUGUACGCUGACAGCAUGAUGCCAAACUCCCUUGGCAUAGGGUGGUCUUUUGGUAGUAUUUCCUCACGGAAAGAUUUAUCCAAAUAUGACUAGUGGCUGUUAUGCGGUGCCCAGGAAAUUGUAUCUCUUAUAGUUUUAAUGGAAGAAACAAUUCAUUGGCAGCGAUUCACCGAGAAUUUAUUAUUUUGCUUUGGUACACUUAUUUUGACCAAAAAUUUCUUUUUGCUGUCAGAUGGCCAAUGGAAAUGUACAUAAGCUGGCUAAUUUGUUUUAACAAGCAUUUAUCAUUUGCAGCAUAGUGAAACAAAUGUAUGACUCUUGUUGAGGAUUAAGUAAAAAUGUCGCCGAAAAACAAGCCGAAUUUCCUUCGUUUAAAAAUCCGCAAUUUAAAUUCUACAAGAUAGCUUUUAUGCAAGGGUGUAAAUAUUAUGAAAUAGAAAUGGGUUAUAUAUACAAGUCACCACUGAGGAAGGCUACUUUUAACUUCUAGUGCUGCAUCAACAACAGCAUCGAAAUGAGUGUCCUCCUGCUUGACCACGGCGCCAACGUUAAUGCAACAGACAAAGAACUUUGGACGCCGCUACACGCUGCAGCUACGUGUGGACACAAAGAACUCUGUGAUCUCCUCAUCAAACGGUACGUGCGCGACGCAUUUUUUCAUUUCUCAUCUUAAAUCCUAGCACGUUUAUCAAGAUUGCAUUUCUAGCACCUUGGUUUUAGCCUUCGGGAAUGGGCACAGUGAGCUAGUGUUCAAUGCCGUCUGGUAAAGUAUGUAUUCUUGUAAAUUAGGGCGUUCUGGCUCAAAGUCAUCCGGAGGUAUUUCGUAUGAAAUAUAAUUGUUCCCUGUAGUGCAUCAGAAAAAAUAUUUUGCUGUUUGAAGUAAAUUCCGUGACUGCCAGUAUUUGCAGGGAUCGUCUAGCAUAUUUGCGUGCACGUGGCCCCAUAUAUGUGCACAUAUAUAUAUGAUAGAGGGACAAUCACUGAUCGUCAGUUAAUGAGUAAGGAAUGGCCAUUCCGGUCUACCUUGUUUUUCUCGUUAACCACAUCCGGCCUAUAUAAACAUAUAGGUCGACUGGGCUUGUGAGCCUCACUGUUGUGGUUACGGUCUCACUCGAUGCCAUUCUGUACUCUCGUCAGCCUGCUACUGGUGGCAACGAACGUUGUGCCAUGGGACGCAUACCACACAUGAUAGAUAAGCAGCUCACCAAUAGUGCAACAGGCCAGACGCAAGACAGCAGUUUCACAGUCGUUGCCGAUUACCAGUGCCUCGUAGGCCUUGGGAAGUAAGGUAUAUAAACUUGCCAAGUAGGCGUGAAACUCUCACUGUUGAGUAAGAUCCUAACCACGACAAUGAAGGUAACACGCGUACUCGACAUGUUUACAUGCCUCACUUCAUAAGGUUUAUGAUGUACUGAUGAUCGAUAGCAACCGUGAGACAGCUCUCUGUGUCUGGCAUGUUACACUCUUAGUAAGCUGCUUAUAUAUUACAUAUAUUUAUGUAUGUAUGCAAUGGUAGAGGGGCGCUCACCAAUCGUUUCUACGGAACUCACCCGUCCCGUUGUGCCUUACGGGUUCUCUCUUGAGCCCAACCAGCAGCCGCACAGCGGAGCAUGAUGUAGGCAGAAUGGUCUUACCGAUAAAGACAGGAGAGACUGAAGUGGCCAUUUCUGGCCUAUUAGCCGUUGUCAGCCAGUCAUUCCCAACCGCGAAGUGUGGAACACCUGGGGUUCGAACUCGCGACCCGUUAUUUGGAAGUCCAACGCCUCUAACCACAGAACCACGUGCUCGUUGUCUUGUCUGUUACGAUCGGGAAUAUACAAUGAUAGAGGGGUGCUCACCGAUCGUUUUCGCGUAACUCACUCGUCCCCUUGUGCCUUACGGCUCUCUCUCCAAUGUAAAGGAGAUGAUGCCAAGAAGGACAAGGGAGACCAGAAUGGCCAUUUCUGGCCUAUUAGGCGUCGUCAGCCAGUCUUACCCAACCCCAUGUGUGGAUCACUUGAGAUUCGAACCAGAGAACAUUGGUCAUGGAGUUUGACACUGCCAUUGAUCCAAUUGCCCUUUUUCCAGUCGGUUGUGAUGGGAGUAUCAAUUAUGCCAGAUGGGCGCUCACUGAUCAGGUUACAGAAAGUGCUCGUUACUUUGCGGCAGGCCUCUUAUGUUCCGCAAAAGCGGUAAGAAGUAAGUACUGUUUCAUUUCGGAAAUGUCAACCUAGCAUGAUGCAGCAACCUUUUUGAUGAAAUUGUAAUUUAAACAAUGUAGACUAUCCACAACCUAUAGUAUGCCGAGGCAUUAAAUAAAUUACUUACUUAGGUUUUAUAUGUUCGAAAAAUAUCUAUUCCGAUGUUUGGUUCUAGCUGUGCCCAUAUGGAACAGCUGAGUAAUUCUAAAACAUUAGAAACAGAACAUCAAGCAUUCAGAAAGUUAACUUUCUUUUCUACACUGCGUCAUGGAAAUUAGCGUCUUACCGGUACCCAAAUGGGAAUUCUAGUCUAAUGUAUAAGAAGAAGUGAUAGACUGAGCUUUAGCUCCCCGGAAACACUCGGAAGAAAAACAUGGAAAGAUGCUGUGAGACAUCAUAAUUCAGUAUUUCUCUUUUUUCACACCGAUUUUUAAUCUAAUUUGUUGGAUUUUCCGUAGAAAAGGGGUUUCUAUGCAUGAUCACUAUAAUUAUAUCCCUGGCUUCAUUUUGCCCAGCAAACUGUCUGAGAGAUUACUAAAUUUGUCAAGGGUUAUUUUAAGUCGAACCAUUUCGAAAGAAAGUAUUAUUUAAACCAAGCUGAGGUGGUGGAGUUGGUAGUCUUACGUUUUGUAGAGUUCGUCAUCCAGAGAAUCAAGAAGAAAGUGAAAAAGGGGGUUCGGCUGUCACCUGGUUAGCUGGCGUUUCACCAGAGCUGCUAAUCACAUUGAAGGUUUAUUUAUCCGCUUCAGUUGAUCCUCCUACACAUGAAUUCAGAUCUAAAACUACUCCACCAAUACGUUUUAUGGUAAAUAUUUUCUAUGUUUUCGCUGCCUAUCGUCAGUAUUGCACACCCGUGCAUAAUGAGAAACCCUAUAACGUACUGUUACAGCAAGCAGGAAGGAAAGAUUAUACAACUAGUGCUUUUGUUUCUCCUCGAAUUUUGCAUGAUUUAUGCCCUGUGUGCCACCAACAAGCGUAAAGUACGAAGUAAGUCGAGUACGGAGUGAGUAUUCGCUACAUAUAGACGUAACGCUUCGUGUAAACAGUCUUAGACCGUCGUACUUGUACAGUGAUGUUAAGUUUUCAUCGUCCUCAGUGACUGAGAUGAUGCCUGAUUUGCUCGAAGCGUAACAAUACUGGUCUUUGUCGUUCCUUUUUCCAAACGGUAAAAUAAUUGCUACCUGAAAGUUGAGUGAAGGCGUUUUUGAAGCAAACUGGCCCAAAGGUUCGAAUCCAGGCUGCUGCUACAGGAGCGAAGGCGAUGACCGACAGGCUGCAGUCUGAGCUACUAUGUGUAAACGUUUAACAGGCUUGCGGUAAGAUAAACCUGAUAUGUAUUGUUCUGCCUAGGCUGGACCUUAGUCGCAGGUUUCUUUUCGGCCGUCUGAUAAGACCACAUUUGUAAAAAUGGUUAUUUUAUUAGUAUGCAUAUCUCACGUUCAUUUCCAGUUCAUUUAUUAAUUAAAUAUAUUUUAUGAAACCUAUGAAAAAGAUGUUUUCACUACUCGUUUGAUAGCAAAUCACGCUGCAUUCACAUCUUAGACACAAACGGGAAGUAUCUUUCAAUUUUAAAAAAAGUUUUUGUCAUGAAAUGUUUAAGACCCUGCAACGUCCAUUCCUACAUUAUCGUACCUGUCUGUUUUUGAUGCCCCUCAUUAAGUAUGCGACAAAUUCGACAUACAUUGCAAACUUUGGUGAAUUAUACAUAGUAUCGCCUCAGGGAUAUAGAGAAAUAUAUCAUUUUCCUUACGCAGGCAGUAUAUACCUUGUAAACGGAAACUGCUUAAUGCAAGUGAAACUGUUGAUCUGCCUCAACAUUUUUCUGGAACAGUUUGACAUUGUUGAAGCCUAAAAAUAUCCUUCUUUGAAGUAUAAACCGUAAAGGUGACGUAAUGUGCUACAAAAUGAGCCAAAAAACAUAGUUGUGCAUAUUUUUUAUGAAAUAUACUUGGCUUUCAAAGAGCACUAAACAUCCUUGUAAAAAAUGCAUACUACUCGAUGAUUUAUUUUUUACUAAGUAUGGUUUUUAGAGGAGGCCGCAACAAGGUUCAUUCAAAAGCCAACAUUCUGGACAGUUAGAAAUACAGUGAAUGAUCUAAAGGAUGAAGGAUCACGAAAGUCGCACGAAAGACACUUAUAGAGUGCAGUCCGCCGGCCCCACAUCCUAAGACAUCAUAAAAUGCUUAAGGAGGAACCACUCUUUAAAAAAAGUCUUUUUUCGAUUUACAGUAUAUUAUUUGGCAGAAUAGCAUUGUCGACAAAGAAAAGUGAGACCGGAACGACCAUUUCUGGCUCAUUAGCCGUCGCCAGUAAGUCGUGCCCAACCCCAACAUGUGGGACACCUAAGACUCGAUCUCCCGACAUGUUGGUCCGAAAUGCACAACUCUAACCAGUGGGUCAACGGCUCGCUCUCCUGUCGAUUGUUUUCGUUAAUACACAAUGAUAGAGGGGCACUCACCGAUCAUUUUUACGGCCGGUAAAUGCCAUUGUGCCGAUAUCAUGCGCCGCUGUGCGGCUUCUGUUUGUGCUCGAGAGAGAGCCCUAAGGCACAGCGGAACGAGCGAACCCUGUAAAAACUAUCGGUGAACGCUCCUCUACCAGAAAUAUUAUUUCUUCACUAUGAAAUAAGCUAGUGAAGCAAAACCCGUCAAACCAGAAAAGUGUCUUUAUGACACGUCAGCCACUUAAGGCCUAAUAUAACGCACAACUUAGAAGCAAAGGAUAACGUAGUGAAACAAUAAUUAAAAUCAGUACGGAAAUAGAUAUCAGUAGUAUAUCGAAUGCUCUUUUGCUUUUAUUACCUCGAUGAUUCGGGAAGACAUAGAUACAAUAAGGUUGUUAGUGUUGUUUUUGUAAAUAUAAUUGUCAAGCGCAAACUCCUGCCUUUGUUGGAUAGAAAGUUGUUUUCUUGACUUGUCCCACCUACUUCUUAUUAGAACAAACAGAUUUUUGAUUGGACUGAACUCCGAACUCCUCGCAGGAAUAAAUAUGUGCCUCAGGCCGUAGGCGAUAAGGCUGACUGGUCUAAAAAAUAAGAUCGUCAUAGAAGUCUAAAUCGGAUUAAUACCUCCUUUGAGCGGUGAUCAAGUGCAUUAUCCUGCUAUACUUUUAUGUCCAUUCGACAUUGAUAAAUGUCGUCGAAGCCGAAAGGAUGUCGACGUACACCCGACUGUUAAUGGUUUCUGUUGCCGAUCGCCAAAUCGGACGCUCUAUAGACCUGAUGGCCAUCCAAACCCCCAGGCGCUGACAGUUCUUAAAUUUUGUUGUCCAUUGAGUGUGUUCUCGUGAGAUGUUCUUCCCACAUAUGACCACCGAAGUCGAUUUCGGAGGUCCGUCAAAAAAUAAACUUCUUCACAGAAAAAAAUGCUUUUCCAGAACGAAAGUCUGUAGUUGAUACAUUCUCCAGCAAAGAAAAACGUUCUCUAAAUAAUUUACUACCUAAAAUGGUUAUAUAAUAACCUUUUUCUGAUGAAGUCCGAACACUUUCAUCCUAAUUCUGACUGUGUUCAUGGAAGACAUUAACAGACGUUUCCAGUGAAUAGUCUUAAGAGGCCCAUAGUGAUACUUUUUACCGUUCGACAAAAAGAAUCGUCUUCUUGCUUACAUGUGGACCGUUUUAGUCCUCCUCGCCUUACUCUAGGCCCCGUUUCAUUAAAAAUCCUUCACAAAGAAGCCUGACAAAUCUUGAACAUACUAGCUAUUAACACACCCGACAGCCCUUCGGUUGUCACUUUUCGUAUGCACUGAAAACCAACUUCCUCUGGGAGUUGCCUCGAUCUCUUUGUUGAAUGGCGUGGCUCGGAAAGGUGGCAGCAUGUAGCGCGCAAUCGAGAUAUAUACAGUGAGUGAUUGAUCGCAUGAGAUGUUGGCCAAAAUUCCGAAAUGCGUUUUCGAUUUGUAAAGAUUACUUAGAUGGGGUUGUAAUACUGAUUAUCAUGCGGCAUAAUCCAGUAAUAUUUCAGAUUCAUCAGGAUGUCGGCUUUUGAAUGCACUUCUCGAUCUCCUACAAACCUUAAACUUGGUAAAAAAUUUCUACUUACGUAGCAUGCAUUUUUCCCAUUGAUUUUCGAUGGUCCCACUAAUUCAAAACCAUGCGCGAACUCAUUUAGUGGCAAAUCACGUUGACUUUACAUUUUAUGCAUAAAGACAGGAUAUAUUUAGGUUUUAAAAAGGAUUUUCAACUCCAGUAUAAUUUUAAGCCAGGCCAGACAUUGCAUUAGCGUUUAGCGAUUUAAUACUACGCAGCGCAUGCUUUCCGUGUAAGGGGAAUAAUUUAUUCCCCUUUGCCUUUAAGAAGAUACUAUUUAGAGUUCAUGAAAUGUUGCAAUGGGUGCGGACUGUUUUGUGCAUUUCAUGAGGAGCAAUGGUAAACAGACAGUUAGAAUGCUGUAUGAAUGUACAUUUCACAGUCUCAAAAUCGUAUGAUGCAAAACUUCGUUAAAAUCUAAAUAUAUUUUGUCUUCAAGCAUAAAAUGUAAAGUCGACGUGAUUUCACAACAGAUGAGUAGAAGAAAGCAUAUGUUUGUGCAUGUUUUCUAUAAAAUAUUUUUGAAUUUGUAAGACCAUCGAAAAGCAAUGGGAAAAAUUCAUGCUGCAUAAGUAGUCAUUUUUCAAAGAGUUUGACUUUUGCAAGAGAUCGAAAGGAAAUGCAUUCAAAAGACGACAUCCUGACGAGUCCGAAAUAUUACUGGAUUAUGCCGCAUGAUAAUCAGUGUUACAACCCCAUCAAAGUAAUCCUUCCAAAUUUUAAAACGCAUUUCGGAAUUUCGGCGAAAGUUUCCUGAGAUCGAUCACUCACUGUACACAUACGUUUUAACGUCCAUUGAUUCCCCAUUUUGUAAAAUAAAUACUGACGAACAGGCUAAUCACUGCGUUUACUGACAUAAAAUAUCACAGUUGUGCUAAAUAAAAAUUUGUAAAGUGCAAGUUGUUUCUUGUUUUAGGAAAAGAAUGCGUUUUUACAAACCUGCCUUCACCUAAUUUUUAUUCAAUGAAAAGCACGAUUUCCGUUUCUAGAACGGAUUUUUCCAAAACGUAUCCUGGUUUGAUGAAUGCUUCUCUAUAAUUCAGCACGCGCAAUUAGGACAUAUUUAAUAUGUGCUACUUACUAACAUAGGAAUUUACAUGGAUAUCCAGAAAUGUCCAAUUUUGCCUAGUCGUGGUCUAUUUCCCCUCGAUAAAAUAGAGCUAACAUGAUUUCAUUGAUAUUUUGGCAGAUUUUGAAUAAUUCAUAUUGACCCAACUGUGAAAAACUCGGCGCCUCGGUGGGAUUCGAACCCACGCAGUAAGGGGAAGGCUUUAGCGCUGCCAACGCUCUAACCACCUGAGCUACGAGGCCCCGCCGGACGACACGAGUUUAAUCACAUUUGGGUCAAGCCAAAAUAUCAAUGAAUUACGCGAGCCUGGUAGUCAUCUGGUGGAUUCUUAGUGAAUUACUUAGGAAAUCCUGCUUGGGCUGUCAACUUACUGUAUCAGGUUUGGUGGAUUUCAGACGUUGCAGCAGGUUGGGCGGGUAACUUGACCCAAAUGUGAUUAAACUCGUGUCAUCCAGCGGGGCCUCGUAGCUCAGGUGAUUAGAGCGUUUGCUGCGCUAAAGCCUUCCCCUUACUGCGUGGGUUCGAAUCCCACCGAGGCGCCGAGUUUUUCACAGUUGGGUCAAUAUGAACUAACAUGAUUUCUUCUUUUAAAAAUGGCUUUCUGAGAUUCCAGUCGAUUCUGACAAUAAAACAAACUCCAGUGCAGAUCUUGCCAUUUCACGGGCUAGGUCGUCCGCUGUGUCACGGGAUUAUGCCGAGUAAUAAUUAACAUCACAUCCCCACCCCAGUAAUCCUUCCUAAUCGAAAACGCAUUUCAGAAUCUCGGCUAACAUUUCAUAAGACUGGUCGCUUGUUGUAACAAGCCAGAAAUGGCCAUUCAAGUCUCCCUUGUCUUUGUCGGUAAUACCAUUCUGCAUAUAUAUAUCUGCAUAACAAAAUGAUGGUAUUAGCUCGGUCACUUUCCUUUCGUCAUUUUACUUUACCCUAAUCGUGUUGUAAUUCGUUUGAUUAUUUUACGAAAGUCCGUAAGCUGAUACAUUUAACACUACUCUCUGUAAGUAUAAAAUAUUUGAUUAACAGAAAAUAAGCACGGUUAUUCAAGGACAAGAGCUAAUUUGUGUUGUUUAUUACAAGACGUGGAAAAAAGCCGACUGAACAUUUGAUUUUGAUGCAUGUGUUCAUUGAAGACUGCUGGCUAUAACAAGCGAUGUAUUCCCUAUCACCGAAAUUCGGCAUUGUUAAACAUGUUUUCAAAACCAUGAUUUUAAUGCGAAUUAUCAUUAGGGACAGAGUUUCGAAGUUAUUCGCGCUCAAGAAAAAUGAUAAUAUCUACACGUUUGUGGGCUUCAACAAAGAUACCCAUUAGUGAAAAUCAGACCUUUUUUCUGACGCAUUUUGACGCAAGUUUCAUCAGAGCAGCAUAUUUUUUGUUACUACUUGUGUGGGCUCCUCCUCUUUAUUAACCUGCUUCCCUCACCGUGAUUAGAUUUUAUGAUUUGUUGAGGGUGCAGAAGAACUCUGUCUUUACUAACUCGACAUUUAAGAAUCAGUAUUACGUCGGAAAUGGCUUGUGUGCGUCAACCUCUGCUAGAAGUGUCACUAAGCACGUGAUCAGAAGAUUUCAUUUUUCGGGAGUCAGUUUUUGCCUACUCAAUAGUCAUCCAAAAUACGAAGACCAUUUCCCCCUCUGUGGCUGAGCAUAUGCAGAAUUUGACUGAUACAGCCUUUUAAAUCUUUUCUUAAGUAUUUGCUUGAGAGUUUGAGCUAAGCGGGAGAAAUUGGCAUUUGUGUCCAUCUCUUUUCGGCUGCCUCCGGUGACCUUUUAAGUAGUAGGCCCUUGUCCUAUCGAUAUUUGUCGUGCUUAUAGAGUCGAAUAUAAUUCAUAGAAAUCGUGUAAAAAUAUCUUUUCUUGUACUCAUUUGGUAGCAACGUGUGUCCCCUUUAGAUUUUUUGCUUGAGAAAGGGUAUAUUUCGGUUUUCGAAAGAUGUUUAAUUAGGGAAUUUUUAAGGCUGCAAAAUGUGCAUUCAAAUAGCAUUGUAUCUGUCUGUUUAAUAAUGCCUGUCGUGAGGUUUACGACAUGGCUUAUAUCCAUGGCAAAAUUGUAUAAACACCAUGCCGUAUCUACCAAAUUGCUUAGAGGAAUGAGUGUUUUUCAUUACACGGAAAGUAUGUACAGAACUAGCAGGCUGAAAAUCCUAACGAAACAAGCAAAAACGAGUCAAGCUCGAAAUGAUUCUGAUAUUAAAAAACGUCUUUAAAGCCGUGAGAUACCCUGUUUUGGGUAUAAAAUUUGAGAAAAACUUUAUUUUCUACGCAAUAAAUACCAUUUUUCUUGAAUAAGAUUAGCUGUAUAAGCUCUGUUCCAGUCAUCUUUAAAGAAUGCAGUAAUUGUUUCUUGUGCUAAGUCAGGGUAGUUGGUUUACCAUCAGUUCAUUCUCAGAAUACUAAGUGUAGGCGAGUUAGUAGAUGUCGUUAAUAUGAAGAUUAACUCCCAUAUUUUUAAUUUAUUCGGAAAAAUGUCUGAAUGCUAUAGCAAUGCUAUAGCAAUCUUACAGAGAGAACUUUGUUUAUGUUCUUAAAGUACAUUUUCCACUUAACUUCCUUAUAGAUGUUUUGCUGAUGCCAUACAUAUGACAAUGGAUCCAAAUGAAACACAAUUAUUUCAAACUGUGUAAAUAUCCGUUAAUGUUAAUUCUCCCAGCACAUUUACUGCACCCAGACAUUAACACUUAUUUAGGCAAUCCGGAGCCUCUCGGUGACACAGCUGUGAGGAGUUUAGAAUAUCAGUGGGUCUUUACAUGGUUUACAUGGUUUGAUUUAAACGUAUGCAGUUCCGUGAGAAACAGGUUUAAAUCUGGUUAGACAUGGAAACAUGGACACUUGCGGUCUUGGCCUAAAUUCUAGGCGGAUUGGUUUAGGUCCAGAAGGGCUGGUGUGGUGUUAGCGUUUGGGUUAAAGUUAGAGCACGAGAGUCGGCACCCUUCCUGGAAUUUAGUGCGAGGUCCCCUGUAGUGCGGGAGGCGCAUGUUCCCGUGGCCGACCGUAAAGCUUUAUGAUGGCAAACUAUGUCAAACAGGAGACCUCAAACAACUAGGAUACGUUUCACUGGACGUGGUCUAGUAGCCAGUGCUGUGAAUGGCGGGGUCUGAGGACGUGUGCAUAACCAAUGCUUCCUUAUCCCUGGCAUACAAGGAAGCUCUCUACGAGUGCAGAUUUGAUUGACUGGUAGACAUAGUUCAUGGGCUCCUUUACAUCAACGUGUCUCUAAGAAGUACGUAUCAAAUCAUGUAUAUGAUAUUAAGGUGAUUAAAUUGGGAACGAUCUCACAGUUUUGACAGAUCCCAGAAAAAACACAAAUUUUAGGAAAGGGAUAUAAAAUAAUGCCAAUUAAGUCCCAUUUUUGUUUACGUUUAAAGUGGUUUUCCUAAUCUUAGCAUAAUUUUAGAAGAUUUCUCGACUGAAAAAGCUUACCGUUUUCUUUUUUUCAGUGGCGCUGACCUUUUGGCAUUAAAUGUGGACGGAAACAUGCCUUACGAUCUGUGUGAAGACGACGAUACGUUGAUGCUUGUGGAGUCGCAAAUGGCAGCUCGAGGUGACUGUUCUAUUGUAUCAGAAUAUUUUGAAUCAAAGGGUCUUGAUGAAGUAUCCCAGUGAAUCUAAAGUCUCCAAAGGAUUAUGCGCAGGCUUAGCAAUCAUUUUUACAUAGCUUCGCCUAAAGUACGGCUUGAAAGUGUUAAUUUGUGAGCGUCUGGGCGGUCACCCAAGUGGACUACACAAACAUUAUCAUGUUUGCAUACGUAUGCAUAUCCGGCUAUCAGUUUCCGAAAUUGUUAAGUGCAGAACUCGAAGAUAAGUGUUUGGGAGUGCUUUCUAGGAUCAGAACCGAAACUUCAAUUAAUACAUAAGGCCAAGGCAAUCAAUUACCGUAAUGUCCAUUCUCUAAGCACGCAAUCCUAUAAGUACUAUGGUUUUGUGUGUUGCGGCUUAUAAACAAGAGGAGUAAAUUGUGUUCUUUUUAUGUUACCGUGACUGGGCCCAUUUACUUGGACUUUCUGCAAUGCUCAGUCAUGUCAAACACUAGAGAGUUCUUUGAGGAUGAUGAUGGGACAGGCUCACACUACCGUCAUUAUGCAAGCUCAUACAUUAGUCUAGCAUUGCCAAACAACUGGACUAAAUUUAGGGACUUAAUAAAAUGCUCUUUCCCCUGUUCACCAGAUCUCGAACCUUGAGAGGGUUUAUGGGGUACUGAAAAGACAAAGUCUGCCUUAAAGAACAGCAAAAUUCGCCGAAUUGGCAGUAGCCACUAAAAAUGAAUGCAUCUGAACAUCGCAAUAAAAAAAUUUUAGCGUUUACGAUUUCAUUGUUUUGGGUUGUCUAUAGUGCCUGGACCAGAACGGACAGCACUUUGGAAACAGGCGUUCACAAAACAAUCAAACUCUGUUCGAAAAUUCUACCACACUUUAAAAUGUAACGGACACUAGAUUUAUGAUUUUUGAAAAUGUGAGUACAUUUGCGGGACAACUUGAGCAUAUGACUGCGCAACAACCUGCUGUGCUCUAUAUUGAGCCCUAAAGCACCAAGUUGAGACCACGUCUACUAACCCAGCCGGUGAAUGCAGUUUCAACACAGUUAAUAUUCCCGACAACAACCGACAGAACAACCGGCCCGUGGCCCCGGCAGACCGUUAAAAUCACUAACGCUCGGUGGCCAAAGUACGCGGGGUCGAGGCUUGGGCAUUGCAAGUCUGAAUUGGGGUGGGGUCGGCUGAUGACGGCUAAUAAGCCAGAAAUGUCCAUCCCAGUCAGUAGGCCUCUUCUUCACAUAUAUAGUACGAAAGGAGGCAAGUCAUACAUCAGAUUUGAGAUGUAAAAGUUAAACGAUGGACUAAGACAUAAAAAACCAGUGAUACCAGCGUUUGUGUAUUUUUCUAGACUCCUUGGAAAAAGUACAUACUCCAGUACUACUGAUGUUUCCUAUGGACAUCAAUUAUUCUGUCAUCAUUCAAGGGCAAUAAGGACUAAGUUAUUAAUACUGAUUCGGGAUUUAAAAAAGUACUUUUUUGGCGCAGAUUCCUCGCCAGGGAAAGCAGGAUGCUCCAUUCUUAGCCUUUAAAAACUUUGUUUCUAACCGUAGUCGCGUCAUGAUCAUUCUCUCAGGCACGGGCUAUUAAAAUAGUCGUUGCCCGUGUGUCAGGCCUAAACGCGGUCGAAAACCUACGUGGUAUGAGCACAUGCGAGUUUCGUGUCAUGUCGGAUACUUUUACCGAGUCCAUUCCCACUCGAACCAUAUAUGCCCACUUGCUCAUCCAAUUAGUAGGCAGCCUUAUCAUUUACAUCUAAAACCACUAACGACAACAGACGGCAGAACUCUUGUUGUUUGGCUGUUUGGUAGAUUUGUUAGCAGUCCGUUAUAGUUAGUCCUUAACUACAUUCGGCGGCUGGUUUUACUGUAAGUUGGAAUGCUGAAGUGCCUUUCUAAUUCAGAAAGAUUAUUUAAGUGAUGUUGUAACGUUGAUUAUUGUGCGGCAUAAUCCCGAACAACGCCAGCCUCGCCAGGAUGCGGACUUUUGAAUGCAUUUCUUUUGGGUCGCUCGUUAAAACCACAAUCUUCUAAAAUGACCGAUUACGUGGCACUGAUUUUUGAUGUCUUUAUAAAGUCAAACAUAGUUUUCGUUAAAUUCCCAAAACACCCUUUCUCGAACUGAUUUGGCAGAAAAUGACGUCUUUUGAAGGUAUAUCCAUAGAAAAGGUGUCGUUCGGUUUUAAAACGUGUUGAUACUGUUUUAUGUUCGAAAAUAGCAUCAUGUCUGUCCCUUCAUUAGUGUUUUAAAUGAAACCUACAACAUAAUUUACAUCCAUUACGAAAUUAAGGUAAUCCGAGAUGAAAUCUUCUUAACAACAAAGUGAAAUGGAUGAUUUUCCUUACAUAGAAAAUAUGCAAUUAGCAGAUUCCAAACUCUAAGCACACGUGCAAGACUCAACGACCUUAAAGUUAUUCGUAAAUAGACAAAAACAUCAAAAACCUAAAUAUACCCACCUUUCGGACCUUAAAUUUAAAAAGUCGUUAUGUUCUGCCGAAUAGGCAAAAGAAUGGAUAUUUUUAGCAUGUUUUCUACGAAAUGUUUGAAUUUAUAAGGGCAUCAUGACCCAUUGCCAAAGCUUAUUUUUGCCUAUGUUAAAGGCCUUUUACAGCAUGCAAUUUACUGGAGGACAGUUGUCCACUAUAUUGGUUUUGUACUUAAGAAAUAAAUCAAGGCAUUUAGAAAGGAAUGCAAACGCAAUCAAAAACCUUAUGAAUUUCCUUAACAGCAUCUUGGUGUCAGAUUCAACAUCGAACAGACGAGUCACUUAAAAGCGCUUUCUCAAUUCUCAAAACUGGCAUACUAACUUUAUUGUUUUCCUAACAUCCAUGCACAUUUUGAAACAACUACAAAACAUCCGUGGUCUUCUGCAAAGCAUGAAUAGGGAGGGAAAAAGUCUGAGACGUUUUUCUGUGUGCAGUUGCUGCAUAUGAAAAACGGUGAGGUCUAAUUAUCUAAUUAAAGACAAGGGAGAGAGAGAUAGGAUAAAAUCAAGGAAAGGCGAUCUAAGGCUUCCGUCUCUGAGCUAAUGGAGCAUAAUUCACUACGGUGAAGCAUGACAGAAGGAAUUUUGCCUUGUUUGCAAAAAUAUGGUUUUAUCUACGGAAAGUUGAUUACGGAAAAGUAGCACAGAACGCGACCCGCUCGAGUUCGAAUGUAAACUUGGAAUGCCAGUCGUAUGUCCAAGGAAUGUCUGAUCUUUGGCUAGUGCAGCAAAAUGUGGAAGCGAGGACUUUUAUUUUAUGUUCAUAUCCUGUCUAUACAGGUGUGUUCGGAUUCCCCGGCAUGCGUGUAUUUGCAAUGACAUGUAGAUAACCAUGCCUCAUCUGAGGUGAUGUGCAGAUACAGGGCAUCUACGUCACUUUCCUUGAAUUAUCCAUUGAAUGAGGAAUUAAGGUGAUACGUUGUUCAUUGCAGGUGCUGUCGAUGAAGGUCACUUGGUCGCAAAUUAAGGCUCGUCUUCAUUAAAGCGAAAUGUUAUCAUAGUGACCUUUUCGGUAUUCAGUCAUCUUUGAUUCGCGUCGCAAGUAACUGCUGCACUGCUGACUGCUUACCUUCGAUGAUUUUUAUUCUAGUCGUUUCGAAGUAUUUCGGUUGAUAUUUUAUCUAAAAAACAUUUAACCUUCCACAAAGUGAUAUAUACGAUUUUGUGUGCGCCCCCUCUUCAGAAUACUUAUAAAGUUUAGGGUCAGAUGUAGAUAUGUAGCCCCACCUGAAGUAAGCAAACCGCAGCCACCUGUAAUGCGGGACCGGUGGUAAUAGGGGGUUUUUACAGGUGGGGUUAGGGCCCGCAUACGCGACGAGGUCAAGUAAUUGUGUGCAAAAGAAAAGCCCUCGGAAAUGCGCGGUCGUACUUUGAGGGGUCGAGAAAUAGUUGCUCUAACCCCUAAUCCUAACCUUUAACCCUAACUCUAACCCCUAACCCUAGCCCCUACCUCUAGCCUCAACCCCAUCAGUAUUGUGUCCAUCAGGUGGGGCUAUAUAACCACAUCUUACCAAGUUUAGAAACAGGCCUCUCGGGAGACCAAGCAUAGGAUUGACUCAUCCUCCUAUCCAUAUGGGACAUUAAUGAUGACCGUUCGGUGCUAACUCCAAAACAGGGAAAAGGAUGCUUGAUGAAUAAGUCGCUUUGACCCAAAUGUGAUAAUCUCGGCGCCUCGGUUGGAUUCGAACCCACGACAGCAAGGGGAGGCGUUAGUCCAGCCAACUUUCUAACCAUCUGAGCUACGAAACCCCACCGGGAUGGCGCGAGUUUAAUCCGAUUUGGGUCGAGUUGACCCACCAAGCCUAUUACAAAGUCUGGACUCCACCACGUCUGAUACAGUAAUCUGACUGCCCAAGUAGGAUUUCCUAAGUAAUCCACCUAGAAUUCGCCAGGCGACUACCAGGCUCACGUAAUUCAGAGGUGUUUUGGCAGAUUUCAAACAAUUCACAUUGACCCAACUGUAACUUUUACACCAAAGCAAAAAACAAGAAAGUUUGCAAACAUUAAAGUCACUUAUAUCUCAUUAUGCAAAAUCAUGACUUUUAAAGUUAACUAAAUAACCGAUUCUUCAUUUGACAAUUAGUUGUUUGUCAAAAAUUUCCGCAUUAAAGGUUGUCAUAGCAUUUAAAAUGCCCUCAAUUGUGAUAAUGAUUAAGUCAAGACCUAGAAAAUGAUAGACUUUGGCGAAAUAUAUGCUGCAUUGCGCGAGAAGAGCCGUCUUGAGUAUUUAUUAUUUAAUAGCAAAAACGUUUCCAGAACUUUUGAGGGGUAACGAUAAACCAGCUGCUCCAAUGACCGUCGGAGAAUGAUUCCUUAUGCCAAGAUCUGAACUCGAUUUUGGACUAUAAAUCGGCUUUGUAAUAAGUCAACCUAUGAAAUAGUUUGAGGAAGAGUCGUCUGCCUCCAGUUAUGUAUGAGUUUUUAAUAAGAAAGGUUAAAUCCUUUGGGAAACUGCUGCUUUUACUGUGUAAAUUUUCAAGACUGGUUCCCCGGUCCGGCUUCAGACCAUGGGCGCGCAAAAUCAAUAGCCACUUAACUGAGUUUGAUAAAUGAUUCUAUGAUAGAUCAACGCCCGUACUAAUGCGUGUUAAUUGCAAUUUGUCAUCUCUUCGGGAUUGGUUACGCCAGUUUGAAUUUGCCCUUAACAAUUUUGUGUGCGACAUCUAGAUCGAUAUACCGGUCGAUGCAUGCCACAUCUGAGGGUAUUGCUUCCAGGAAUUCGCGGUCCUUCCUUAUUGGACAGGCGCCAACAGUGCGAGCGUUCCUCCAUGUAAAUUGGUGCCCGGUGCCCAGUAUGCGAAUGGCACCCCGGGAUAGAUAGUCGCGUCUCUUUAUCGCCAACUGACGUUCAUGUAUACUGGUUGACGCAAAUUUCCCAGUUUGGCCACAAUAGACGGCAUCAUAAUUGGAACAUGGGAUUUCACAAUUUCAGACAGGAAAUUAAAUUUGGGGUCUAAGAAACACUCCAAGUGGGUAAGUCAGACUUCAUUGUAAAGUGUUUGUAGUUAUUGGCGAACUACACUUUCUAAAAAACCGCAGAUAGAAUAGCUUCCGUCUGCUGGCCGUAUUUCGUUACUAGGUUUGAAUAACCCAGUCUCCAGCCUACACUAUCACCUGCGACUACGGGUAUUCCCUAUAAAAGCCUUGGAGCUUCACGGAAAAAAGGGUGUGCAUGUUUCGCACUGUAACCAGAUCAAUGAGCACGCGCUCGGCACCAAAAACAAAGAAUUGAGCCGCCGGUGGUUUAAACUUCACGUUCAUUUUGACAACCAACACCCCCAAAUAUGGUUGAUAAUCUCGAAAUAUCAACUAAAAAGCCUUAUUAACAGCAAAUAUUGCGCUAUUUAAAUUUACACUAGCCGAUUCAGUACUGGGCAUUUUCCUCGAGCGAUUACCACUACUGGAAAGAGGAAUUUUCACUGAUUUACAGAGGUUUUCGGAGUCAUUUUCCCUAGUUGGUUGCUUUAAAGAGUGUCAGCUCACAAUGGGUUGUGGAAAUGCUUGCAUAGAGACCGGCAACAAGGAUAAACAGAAAGUAUAACUGUCAGCAAGCUUCAGAGUACUUUGAAACGUCCAAGCUCGAGACGCUGAGCCAAAGCUACAGUUCAAUCCCUCAUCCACCAGUUUAGCCGAGGUCCAGACAGAUUUUGUUCGGCAUGGAUGCCAUUUUCUCUCGAUAGACGCUGUCAUGACUACCUUUGUAAUCUCUUUCGAAUCAGUUUUAUCUCAAAUUGGCAUUUGUGGUGAGUCAGAAUACCUCUUCCGGCAUCAGAUCCAUUCGCUGCUGAUGUCGCACAACAGAAUAAACAUAUAGUCGGGGGAGAACCAGGCGACUUCGCAAGGGGAAAAGACAGACGACGAAAUAGUCAUCUUCACCGCUGUCGGAAGGCCGUUUCACCGUCAUCACAGCAAGCUCCUGGCGUUUUAGAAUGACCAAGAGACCAAAAGGCUUCCGAACUUGUCGUAACAUCAGUCUCAAGCAGCUGAUAGGGAGGAUGAAAAGUUGUAAAAGUAUUUACCAUGCUGACAACACAGGUACUAGCUAAAGACCCAGACACGCGUGUUUUGCCGAUCUUGUGCGGCUGCCUGACGCAGCUGCGAGAGGUUCGGCUCACCAGUGGGUCCCUUAGACCUCCCAGAGUGUUUUCUACUACAUGGACUUCAGUUUUGCCUUGUCUUGUUUGAUUUCCGAGGAAAAUAACGCGCGAACUUGGAGUUCAUUUUUCGGAAGAGACCUUUUCAGGCACAAUCCAAUAGUUGUGAAUAUUACACGGCUAUUCCGCGGUACCUGAUGGAUUUCAGCUCAAAUAUUUACGUCAACUAUCUGACUGUGUCUGAAAAUAUCUGUUCCGGAACAUUUAGUUCACGUCCGCGCAUUAGUUUCCUCGGAAAUGAGACAAGGCAAGAUAAAAAUAGUCCCAGAACAUUACUAGGUUCCUCUGGAUUGACUAGGACUCAUUUUAUGGGCCUACAAAGGCAUAUAAGUCAGGUGCUACCUUGGCGUUUUCUUUCCACCUCGAGACAUGUCAAUUUGGAGACUAGAUAUUUAGCUCUGAAAGUAAUCAAAUUUUCUGACUAAGGGCUCGCAGGCAGCAGUCUACUUAUGUGAGCGUUUCUAGUAAAAAAUUAUGGACGUUACUGUUGGACAAGUUGGAGGAAUCGUGUCAUUCAAAGCCACCUCUGUUUUUACUUCCGUAUCCAAAACGUUCGUAGUGGGUGGAAUAAAUGCUAUGUCAUGCUACAACUGUGGUGGGAUUUCUAACUAAUCAACGAUUCAGCAGCUUAUCGAAUGCGUGAACAACGCCUCACGGCAUUUAAACUCGAGUUGUUUGUUUAUGUACAAGUCACGGACAUGUUGUUGGGCUAACCAGUAUUCAGGCUAACUUCUGUGGUUGCCCUCUAACAUCUGACAUAAAACGUGUACAUGACGAAACUUAAAUUAUGGACGCUUUGAUUUGCUGAAAAUUUCGUCAUCGCGGUCAUGACAAGACUGAGUACUCUAGGGGGCUACUGGGCUCUGUGGUCUCGAAGGUACGAAUCACCAUGGGCUAGGAAAUAACCGACUAACAUACUGCGGAUACCAAACUUAACAGAAAUUCCCAAAUACAACACAGGCUCACUGAUGAGUGGAAAUUUACCGUAGUCCCAUCUUCCAGUCGUGAUAGUAUCAAUAAUCUCCUUUGUUUUGGAGGGUUUGAAAGGCCAGUUACUGCUCAAUUUACUGCAGUAACUUCGUAGGGGUGGUGUAGUCCCGAGUUUGUGUCUAGAUUACCCAUACCACUAGAGAUAAGCGUUGUCACAGACCCGACUGAACGCUUUGCGAAUGGAUGAUACGUCCGAGGAACCCCAUCACUGUGCAGGAGAACUCAGCCAUCAUCUGCUGGAUCCACUGCACCUACGCAGAGACACCUCAGUCGGCGGAACUUGCCAACAGCUACGAAAACGCAUGCAUGAACUUUAACUGGCAAUACGAAAGGUGAUCCUUAACUCGCAGAUGGUUAGCCGGAUGCGAUUUCGGGUUUGAGGGGGUCAAGGUGAUGAGCCAAGGGGAUGCUCACAUUCAAGGCAUUUACGUCAGGCACGACUACCAACGAAUCGCUCGUUCAACCACCACAUCGAAUUGCCUGCAACGUAUAUGACUUUCUUUUACUGUUAUGAUUAAAGAGAACUAUAUAUCGGACCUUAUGGUCCACCAAGGACACGAAAAGAUAUCAAGAACGAGGGCUUACCCGACCAUGGAUGUCUAGAUCUGUCCGGUCCCUACGCAUUCGGCACAAUCUCGUGCAAAACGCUAGAUAACAUCGAUCAAAAGAAGUGCAAAUCACCUUACAAAACUGUUGCACAAUCCCCUUACAACCGGCACCAGACGGCAAGACGUUGAGAUCUGUACCUCUAACGAAGCUAAGACCUUUCCUGAUCCAGUGUGGUGCGCAGCUCCCGUCUAGUCGAUACCAGUUAACUAAACCUCAGUUCUGGUGUAACAGGCGAUCUUUUUGCAUCACACUGUGAGAUUCGAAAAGGAUAAACCGCUUCCUGGCGGUAGUUUGCCGAUUUUGGUUAUUCCAAAAGUCAAACGCCUAGAAUAAUCUUACGGAGAAAGUUAACCCCAUUCUAACAUCCCCCCCGUUAAUCGUUUUUUUAGUUUCGGAAAAUUUGUGCCAGAAACAUGAAAUAGGUCUUGCACACGUAAGCAUUGUUCUUUUGCGAGUGGACCCUAGGGGGAAAUUUUAAAAGCAGGAGUGGGAAACGAGUUGAAAACAGUAGUCGAGUUAAAAUUCCCUCAUAAGUGAGAAGUUGCAGUGAUAGGGAUUAGUAGGAAAAUGGAAAAUUACACAGUCAGAUAGGACUUAUCAGGAGGUGGAGACGAACUGCUGGCCCCCAACAUAGCCUGAAGUGCUGUACUGUUGGGCUAUCGCAACCAGACAUUCUAGCUCUGCGCCUUAGACAUGACCAAGUGUAAUUAUCAAGAUUCGGCACAUGGGGCCUCGCUUUGGAAACCUAACUGAACGAUUGCAGGUCAAGAAAAAUCAUAUGUCGAUAAGUCCACAGUCAUGGCUGCAAUAGGCUCAAGGAAAGAGCGUUCGGCGCUAAUUCGAGGGACCAGUUGUUUAAGUCUGCUUCCCGGCAAAAGUAUUCUAACUACGUUGGGUCAUCAUUUUUAGACCAAUCAGUAAAUGUUAUAAUUGGCAGCAAUUAGGACCAUGCUGAUUUUCUGACUUGUGAUAAAAUACUGCAAAACUUUCUGCCAUCCAAGAUGUCAUUUUGUGUGCAGUUGCCUGGCGCCCAAGUUCGAGCCUAGUCCUAGUCCUAACUCGCCUAACUCUCUGCCCUAACGCUCCCACCAGUAGUACGGAUUUCAUGCUGUCCUGCCUCACAAAAACUUGUUCACAGUUGAAUCUGGGGACCACUUUACGAGGACUAGAAUUUCAGCAUAAUAUGCAGCAGCUGCCUUCCGUUAAAUUGAAGAAAAAAUGACAGUUCAAUCGUCACAAGCAACGACCUUCACCGUGUGCCCCACUGAGUGAGCGCAGCACCGACAACUCGCAUACGAAUUAGUUUAUGGUAGGCAGACUUCCGUAGCAUCUACCGAACUUCUUCAACCGCCCCCCUAAUCCACCCGGCUCCAAUGGCAAGACAGCGUCAAAGACAACCGCAGGUAGGCUCAGACGCAAUGACUGUCAAAGCGAAAACGACCCGCCUACGUGUGCCGCACGUGGCCUCGUUCCCGCAGCAUGACCUAGAGAAAAUCUAAUUACUGGAGAGGGAAAUCAGACAGACGAAGUACAAAUGCUGAGGUUAGCAACCAAAAUGCAAGUAAAUUGUUUCCUGAACGGUUGGUUUUAGGGGGCGCCUUGAAAUUGUUUUAUUACAUUUUUCCGCUUAGCACAUUGUUUAGAUUAGAACACAUGCUCAAAAUGGAAUAAAAACGAAACGAACAAACCAGUAUAUUAGAAGGCAUUUUCUCCAACCAGGAGGAGACAAGCUUUUUCGGACGCUAUCCAGAACCAGCGACUGUCUGCAAGCAUUCCCUGAGAGGAGUCAAGUGCCAUAAAGGAAAUAGAAUGAAGGGCGUGGUUAGCCGAACUCUUUGGAGAAAAUUCUGUACACGUGGGGGUCUCAGAGGCCGUGGCUAGACCUCCCGCGCCACAAGGAGUAGGCGUUACUCACAAUUCUGGCGCAAUCCUUUAACAAGUGAUGCGGCCAAACGUCUACUGUUUUAGGGCAACUGUGGCAAUUGCAGUUACGUCGGUGGGUGGGCAAAAUCACUUCUCCAAACGUCGGACCCCAAACAAACCUCGCCCAGCAGACGUCCCAUCUCCACUUCCUAGCUCUUCUCGCCUUUUCCGAAACAUAACGUGCGAGGAGCGUUUACAACUCGUGUGUCUUUGUGCAUAGUGACAACUCAUUCAAGGUUAUCUCCGUAGAUAACCAGCUCCUUCAAACCAAGUAAGGAUCUCCGCACACGACAGUCCGACUGUCGCAACUGACGAUGUCCACCGUGUGCUUUACAGCAAGGUGAAGCCGGCACGGUGACUUGCACGCGAAUUAUUUUGUAACGAGAGUAAACUUACGCAUCAUCUAUCGAAAGCUCUUCUCCCUUACCUAAAUCCGGAGCCAAGACACAGUAAAGUAGACCAGAAGAGGGAGAGGGCGCAGGUGGCUGGCACAGCCGGACCCACACCGGGGCGUACCAUCGUACUACCUGGUCCACAGCAAACACUCGAGCAGGGUUUUGACCAACAACAGCACCACAGCAGGUCAGAAAGACGACGAGGAUGACUGGGCAACCAUGCUCACGACCUGUAUAGCCAGCGGGAGAGCAAGCGCAUCCACCGACCGGGAACCAUGUGCCGGAGAACUGCCAGCGCACACCAGGCUGUGAGAACCACGGUCUGCUGAGUAGUAAUACAACAGACGCCUACAAACUUUAAGGUACCACACGCACCUUGUGUAAGUAAGCCUUUGGUCACAAAACUUCAUAUAUAUAGCUCCCCACGCAGACAAAGCUGACCAACCUGACAAGACCCGCUAGUCGACCAUUCCACUUAAGAACAUACUGGGUUGACUGCGGGGUCUGGGUUGAACCGUUGGUUAUCAACCAUCCGAUCCACAGCUUUCAGCGUAUCGUAAUAGUUUCAAGCGGAGCAGAUUGUUUAUAUUGACGCAGACGCGCUGGGAUUUCCCACGAAAGGAGCGGGCGGCUUGAUCCUCACUUGUAGCAUAGCAGUCACAUGAAGAGGGGGUCGGGGUGCACACUUUUCACUGCGUGAGAGGUAUCCGAAUCGUGCCUGCAAUGUGCGAUGCUGGACGUGUUCGGAUGCGGAGCAAGCCUAGUGCAUGUGUAACUGGUUAAUAGUGUGGAGGCACAUGUGACCGAGUAGGCUCAUGCGAUAGCUUGAUGUGCGUGAAUAGUGCGGGAAGUUGGGGCGAUGGUGACGAGUGUAUAUUAAUGCUGCAGGCGUUGGUUCGCCAGUCUCUAUUUGAUGGACUCGCAAGUAAUCGAACAAGCCAAACCAUGAGGUGCGGGUGAGGUGGCAAUGUGGCUUGGCUACCGCUGAGUCUCUUGCGACGAUGCUAUUGGUGGUGACCGCGCUGGUAAACAGGGAGUUGGCAAUGCUAGAGAUGGCAGAGUUUCAGAUGUUCAAAGCGAGCUAGGCGUGUUGAUGGUGCGGUAAAUUCACUUGUCUUGAUGGUCGAUUAGGCCCAUAAGAUGAAUGAAUGCGUGUGGGCAACGCAAAGAGUGGAAGCGGAUGCGACGAGUGCAUGCCGAGGCUCUUGCUACUGGUGCGCCGGUAACAGUGGGGUGGAUUCGCAAGUGGCCGACCAGGCCGAUGCGUGGGGCAAAUGUGUAGUCGCAACGAGGACGGGCUGGGAUCGAGAACACAUUGCUGGUAAUGGAGACGAUGGUGGUGAUUUGGUGAUAAACGGGUGUCAGAAGCAUUCUCCUUGGUAGCAGGAGUGAGGGAGGUGGUAGUCGUUAUCCUCCUCGCCACAAGAGUUGUAGCAGUGACAGUAGAGAUGGUGGAGGUCGACGACGUCGGUUGAGGCGUCGGGACAUCAGGAAUGUGAUCUCCGGUUGCGGUGAUGAUGCUGGCGGUAGCCGUCUUGGGAGUUAAUGCAGGUGGUGACGAUAGAGGUGUUUGUGGAUGCAGCAGGUGCAGUUGUUGGGUUUUCGUCGCAAUAGGUCUGACGAGGCCACUCCGUGUGCAGAACGUCCGUUGGCAGCGUGAAAAUGUUAGGGAAGUUCCUAGGUAUUGAUGGAAAUGCAUUUGGGGUACCUUGUCCCCUCCCCUCCGCGAUCCAUGUGUGCCGUACUCUCAACACGGUACUAUGUAAGGUUUCAAACAUGUGCUUCACCCUUUUACGCCGCUGUAUGACGCAGCUGCAGGAAUUUUGGCCCAUCACCGGUUUCCCUUGGCUUUCUGGCAUAUAUCCAAGUUUGCUCUGUAAAGCUAGUUGACAGAAUGUGAUUCCUAUUAAUUAUUCCACCAAAGACAAUGGUUUUCAGCUCAAAUAUUCGUAAUAACAUUCGAACCCGAUAAAUUUUGACCCGAAGAUUUUGCUAUAGGUCCACACUUGAAUCGUCCAGAAAAACAAGGAGAUAGCAGUACACAAUGUGUAAGUCAGACUAAGAGAGGAAAGACCUAAUGAACUUGACGUAAAUAAUUGUGAUUACAACUGCCCAUGUAAUAUCCGUAGAAGAUUUUUCUAAUGUUCUUUAAUGACUAAAAGAACAAGAGCAAAACACGCGUUUUCUUGAAACUUUUUGACGAUUCACUAACGUUAAGGCUUAUACUAAGAACUUUUAAAAAACCUAAUUAUCUUUGUAAAGGAACUCGAGAUAAGUAACCCAACUUAAAAGACGAGCAAUUUGGUCUCUAGAGCUUUGAAAAUUGCUGAUUUUAAAGAACAUUUUCGACGAAUUCACUAGCUCGCGGGUUUUGUGAAAUUCUAGACGUCGUUUCACGCUUUGAACUUCUUCUCAAGAAACACAGUCUUAUACUUCCCUGCUCAAAUCAUGCAAACGGCCGGCAAUAAGUGGAGGCUAUGCGAUAGUUCUCGUUGAUGGUCAUUUAAUGAGAUCAUAUCUUGUGCCUGACAUUCGACCUUUUUGAUUUUACAGAUGUAACUCAAGAACAAAUUGAUGAAAUUCGUUUGCGGCCAGAAAGGGCAAUGCUAGAGGACCUUGAAAGACGACAUGCCAAGGGAGAUAACCUCAAUCAGUUAGAUUCCCAAGGUGCUGCCCCGGUAAAUCCCUGGCCCCACAUUUUUCUACACAUCUAA